AUUACUCUUUACUUCGAUCAGACUAGUAGCUGUAAAAAGAAUAACCAUGAUUUCAUACGAACAUCUUCUAAUUUUCGGUAUUAUAACGCUCAUUGUAAUUAUCCAGACCUCAACUAAUGUUAAUAUAGGAAACAGACAAAAUGACUAUAAUCUAAGGACAGGUAUUUAACCUAAUAUCUACUUUUUAUUAUUAUUUAUUAACUUGACAACCAAAUCAAUUACUGAAAAAUCAAAAAAACAACUUGUAAUUCAGUAUUUCUACUUUAGAUUUUAUUACAUCAGACAAUGGUAAGUAAUUAAUUGUUUUACAACUAUUUAUUCAUUAUUGGUUUCACGUCUGUGGGUCCAAGCAAAUAAUGUCCGGUGACAAUAAUGGUCCCGGACAUUCAUUUCUACGGUUUUUCCCGGUUUUUUACAAUGAUUAUGCAAACCGCUUGAAAAAUAGAAACAAUUAACUCCGAAAAGUACUACUCCAGUCAGAUCACUCUUUUCAGUAGUUAAAUUGCUGUAGAAAAGUUGUACAUAGAAAAAAUAAAAAAAUAACCUCUCAAAAGUACCAUCUGGACAACAUUCCUUUUCAGAAAUAGUACUACGUGUACAUUUUGGAACAAGAUUUCUGAUAAAAUUUUUGUACACAGAAUAAAAAAAAAAAAAAUAGAAUAAACAUCUUUGAAAAAACAAUUUAUUCUUCGCUACAAUGUAAAAAAGCUACACUCACAAUCUAAAACAUUAUACUAGAUAAGAAAAAAUGUAAAUUGAAAUUUAAAAUAUGAAUUUUCGAUGUGAAUCCUGAUUAAUGAAUUUUUGUUAAUCUAGAUUUUUAUCACAAAACUAGAAACAUACAAAUUAUAUUAAUUUUAAAAAUUUUGAUUUUAAGAUUGGUAUGAACAAUUCUUCAGUUUUGGUUUCGACUUUUAAAAUGGUUUUUAAAAUGGUUCGGUCCCGAUUACGGUUAUGGUGUUAAGAAAUGUCAUAACCAAAGAUUAAACAGGUUUUUUUCAAAAACUUGUUUGAAGCCCUGUAUUUUAUCGAUCACGUUAGUAGAUGUUAAUUGAAAUAAUCAUGAUUGCACACAAAUAUCUUUUGAUUUUCGCUGUUAUAACAAUUGUCCAAAUCUUAUGUCGUGUAAAUGUAAAAGAAAAAAAAAUUACACUAAUAUGAGUAUAGGAAGGUAUCUAAUACAAUACUCACUAUUUAUUGGUAUUUAUUAACUUUGACAAUGAAAUAAAUUACUGAAAAAUCAAAAAAACAUCUUGUAAUUCAGUAUUUCUAAUUUAGAUUUUGUAACAUCAGAAGAUGGUAAGUAAUUAAUUAUUUUACAACUAUCUAUUUAUUAUUGGUUUCACGUCUGUGGGUCCAAGUAAAUAAUGUCCGGUGACAUAAUAAUGGUCCCGGACAUUUGGUCUGGUGCAAAAAUUCUCAAUAAAUUAAAAUAAUAAUAAAUUAUCUUUCGUAACGUUCAAACAAUGAAUGUAAAAAAGGAUGGACAUACUUUACACGAUGGGUGGACCACUAACGUUGAUGAAAACUUGAGAAAGUAGGAUAUAUAGCGAUAUAUAUGUAUAUCUGUACGCAUAGACAUGUGUAGAACUUUAGUACGGAUACGGCAACAUUUUUCUUAUAGGUUCUUAGUUUAGGUAACAGUUAUUUUGUGAUAAAACUACAGUUAAGGUAAACAAUUCAACAUUUUGUUAAAAAAAAACAACUUUGUAAUUUACUUUUUUUACUUUAGAAUUUGAAACAGUAGAAGAAGGUAAGUAAUAUUAGUUAAUAUUAAUAUUACCUACUACUUAUACUUUUACUUUUACUAAGUUUAUCGCUAGUAUAGAGAUCUAAAAAAAAAAAUUGAAAAAUUAGAUUAGAUUUGUUCCAUAUAAAUUUUUAUUCAACGAUUUUCGUCAAAAUUUUGUAUUAAAAUUCUCUUAUAAAAUUGAAUAAUACAUUAAACUCAAUUUUUUUUUUAUCACAAAGGAAGACUCUUAAUGAAUCUCUUAUUUAAUUUUCAAGCAUUUAUUGAAAAAAAAAAAAAACUAGUUAAAAUUAUAGUCUAACAAUUUUACCACAGAGUACCUACCGAAUACAAAUUUCGUAUAAAACUUACAAAAUUAAAAUGUCUAUGAAUAGCUCAAAAAUGGCUUAAACUUUUUUAAAAAUUUUACCAUGUCUAGAAAAGGCAAAUAUAAAUUGCCUGUCCCAAUUUUAAGUCCAUAGAAUUGAUACGAAUAUUUUUAACUGAUUUACAACAAUUAACAAAAUUGAAAAAUAAUAAAAACAUUAUUUUAAACUCCAAAUUUUCUAUUUUUCUUACGUUUUACCCUGGUUUUUCAUAGACAUUAUGAAAACCGCUUGAAAAUCAAAAUAUAACCUUUCAAAAGUAUUAUUUGGACAACAUUCCCUAUUAGAAAUAGUACUAUGCGUACAUAUUGGAGCAAGAUUUCUGAUAGAAUUUUUGUACACAAGAUAAAAAAAAAAAAUCUUUGAAAAACCAAUAUAUUCUUGGCUUCACUUUAAAAACGCUGCACUCACAAUCUGAAAAAUUAUGUUGGAUUACAAAAAAAAUCACAUUUCUAUCUAACACAAUACUCACUAUUUAUUGUUAUUUAUGAACUUUGAACUAAAUUGCUAGAAGAUCAAAAAACACCCUGUAAUUCAAUAUUUCUACUUUAGAAUUCCUAACACCAGACGAUGGUAAGUAAUUAAUUAUUGUAUAACUCUUUUAAGUACAUUCUAAUGAAAGUUCCUUUUAAAAACGUUGCUAUCAUUAUAUUUAGAGAAAAAUUGCUAGUAGAAAAGUCGUGCACAGAAAAAUGAAGGCCGUAAUAUGUUUUAAAUAAUACAAACAUUUCAUAUAUUUUCCGGUUUUUUUUUUCGGUUUUUCGCAUUUGAUGAGAAAACUUGAGAAAAUCGAAAAUUAGCUUCCUUAUAGUACUCAAUAGCAUGACUAUGUAUGCAACGAUUAAGCAUAGCUAACGUAAAACGAUUCUGAGCGCAUGUUUAAUAGGCCGUAAUAUUUACAUUGUUCAUCAAAAUUUGAUAGUAAAAUUCUUAUAAAAAAAAAUUACAUUCAACUCAUUUACUCAUAAAUAUUCAUUGAUCAAUUUAUAAUAAUUCUGUUAAAUUUUCUAGAAUUUCGGUUUGGUCUAAUAAUUUUCCCCACGGGAUAACUAUCAAUAAAUAUUACCUGCGUAAACUCGCCAAAUUAAAAUGUCUAUAACUAACUUAAAAUUAGCUUUACAUUUUUGAAAAUUUCACCACAUCUAAAAAAGACAAAUAUAAAGUUUUCAUCAAUAUUUAAAGGACCUAAGAUUAUUUUUCACUGAAUUUCAAAAUUGAAAAUAAAAGUAUUAUUUUCGUAAAUCUGUCCAUCAUUUCUACGUUUUUUCCCGGUUUUUUACAAUGAUUAUGAAAACCGCUUGAAAAAUUGAAACAAUUAACUCCUAAAAGUACUACUCCAAUCAGAUCACUCUUAAUUUUGUUAAUUUGCUGUAGAAAAGUUGUACAUAGAAAAAAAAAAAUAACCUCUCAAAAGUACCAUCUGGACAACAUUCCUUUUCAGAAAUGGUACUACGUGUACAUUUUGGAAAAAGAUUUCUGAUAGAAUUUUUGUACACAGAAUAAAAAAAAAAUAGAAUUGUUGUUGUAUCUAAUACAAUACUCACUAUUUAUUGGUAUUUAUUAACUUUGACAAUGAAAUAAAUUACUGAAAAAUCAAAAAAACACCUUGUAAUUCAGUAUUCUACUUUAGAUUUUAUAGCAUCAGAUGAUGGUAAGUAAUUAAUUAUUUUACAACUAUCUAUUUAUUAUUGGUUUCACGUCUGUGGGUCCAAGUAAAUAUUGUCCGGUGACAUAAUAAUGGCCCGGACAUUUGGUCUGGUGCAAAAGUACUCAAUAAAUUACGCUUCGUAAAGUUCAAACAAUGAAUGUAAAAAAGGAGGACGGAUAUAUUUUACACGAUGGGUGGGCCACUGAUGUUGAUGAGAACUUGAGAGAGUAGGAUACAGGGAGUAAUUUAAUAUAUAUCUGUACGCAUAGACAUGUGUAGAACUUUGGUACAGAUACGACAACAUUUUUCUUAUAGGUAAUCAGUUUAGGUAAUAGUUAUUUUGUGAUAAAACUGAAGUUAAAGUAAACAAUUUAACAUUUUGUUAAAAAAAAAACAACUUUGUAAUUCACUUUUUUUACUUUAGAAUAUGACACAGUAGAAGGUAAGUAAUAUUAGUUAAUAUUAAUAUUACCUACUAUUUAUACUAUAUACUAUACUACUAUUUAUACUUAUACUUUUACUAAAUAUAACUUACUAUUUAUUUUCAUAUCGUUAUUUGGUUCGGAUAAAUAAUGUCUGAUCAUAUAAUAAUGGCCCAGAAGAUAAUUUGGUGUACAAUUAUUGCGUACACAAAAUAUCCAUCUACAAAAUAAUCCUCGACACUGGAUCCAGUAGAAAAGUAUUCAGUUUCUAACAAACUAUUCAUCGUAAAAACAUACAACUAAUCUUUUUCAUCUCCUUUGUCUUCAUCCCAAAUAUUUAGGAUAGGCCACCUUCGUUUUAAACUUUCAUUUCACCUGACCCCCUCCUUGCAUACACCGACUAUCUUCUUUCAUUUUCGGUCGCAUUCAACUAUCUACUUUUCAGUUUUCUUUUCCACCUCUUUCCUCCUAUGUUUAUUUUCAAUAAAAUUCUUACUACUUUAAAUUUUUUUGUUCCCAGGCAUCACCAAGGCCCCAAACCAUUUCAGUCUAUUAUCUCAUUUUCUGGACUGCAGUCUUACCAAUCAAAUAACAAAAUAUAUUUUGUGUCUUAUUAUUCACAGAUAUUGUACAACAAAUUUCAUAUUGAAAAAUUCAAUAAAAACAUUUUUUUUAUUGAAAGAUAGGAAACUGAGUUUUAAGGAAUUGAAUGAGUAAUAUAGGUACGCAACGGUGAUCUUUGCGAUUAUUAUAAAAGUACAUAAGGGAGUGGGAGGGGUUGUCUAAUCUUAUUAUAUUAUGUUAAAUUUUCAUAUUCAUAAACAAAUGAAAAUAAAAAUCAUUCUAUAGUGAAAAUUGACCUAAGCAUAGAUUUAAACACAAGCGUUUGUUUAAAUCGCAAAAAUGUACUAAUGAUUAUUUUCAAAUGAUUUUGCUAAUUAUACCUUUAAUAUGUAUCAUAUUUCGUCACCGAUUGUACCUAUUACCUUUUAUUUUUGUAUAAACAUUCUGAGUACAUAUUAUUAUAUUCAGAUCAGGUUAGUAGGUGUGAACUGAAAUAAUUAUGAUAUCAUACAAACACUAUGUAAUUUUCGCUAUUAUAAGGCUCGUUUUAAUUGUCCAAGCCUUGUGUUAUAUAAAAGUAGGAAAUAAAAAGACAAGUGAUUUACUAGAUAUAGGUAGGUGUUAAAUAAAACACGUCUUGGACGUCGUAUUUGCAUGUUUUGUCUCCGUCAUACAACCGCGCGAUAAAGCAAAUUUUUUUACUAGGGACAACUUUGUGCUGUAAGUUUUGAUAUUAGAGUGAAUUGAUCUAUUAUCAAACUUUAAAAUAUACAAAUUAUCUUAUCUGUGUCGUAUUUUUUUUCUUUAUUAUAAUUUUUAAGCGAGAUAUAAGCAUUAUUAAAUCGUGAUAUUUCACACAAUCAUAUCUCACUUGAAAAUUAAAAUAAUAAAAAAAAACCCCCCGAAACGAUACAGAUAAUAUUUAAAUCUUUGAGUUUAAUAAUAUGUCAAUUCACUCUAAUUUUAAAAUUAAUAGCAUAAAGUUGUUCUUGCUGAACGAAAAAUUGUUAUGACACACUGUUGUAUAACGGAGACACCACAUACGGGUACCACGUCCUCUUAAAAAGGUUACUAUUACAAAUUUUGUAAAAAAUUUUUAUUCAAAUAUCAUUAUCUAUUAUUAACUUAGACAAUGAAUUUAAGAACUAAAAAAAACAUCUUAUAAUUCAAUAUUUAUACUUUAGAAUUUUUUGAAGCAGAAGAUGGUAAGUACAAUUAUUUAUUUUAUAUCUUGGCUGACUUUUUGGGGGGGGGGGGUAGAGGAGCUAGGCCCCAAAGUCCUCUUUAUUUGCAUAUAUAAGCUUACGAAGCAUUUUUGGUUAUUUAUUUAUUUAUUAAUACGGACAAAAGUCCAAUUCACAAUAUAUUUGUAUAGAUAACAAUAAAAUAUAACUUAUAUAAAUUAUAAAUUUAUAUAAUUUAAAAUAAUAAAAUAUAACAUAAUAAAAAAUGAAAAGAUUAAUAUAUCAAAUAAUAGUAAUAAUAAUAAUGAUAAUGAUAAUAAUAAUAAUAAUAAUAAUAAUAAUAAAAAUACUUUCAAUGUUUAAUAAAAUAAUUAACUAUUUCCCGAAGACAUUAAAAUAUUUAUGGGGUCAUAUGACGUAAACUUUUUAGAUGAAUGAGGAAUAUAAAAUAAAUGAUUGUUACGAGUGUGGUGGCUAUUAACUUUGAAAUUUAAUUGACUUAAUAUUAAAAAAAAUAAAUUAAAAAUGUACUCGACAAGGCAUAUUAACCUUAACGGGUUUAUACAUUUUUACAUUGUAUUUUAUAACAGUCAACGCUAUAAAUAUAUCGUUAUAUUAAAACACACACCCGAAUCGUUUUACUACGUGGUACUGACCAAUAAUAGCUAUACAGUAAUAAGGUAAAUAUCGAAUAUUGUAUUCGAUCAUUUUACAUACCUAUACACCACUUGUAAUAUAUAAUAUUGUAAUAUAAUUGCAGUAUUGCAUUGUCAGUGCAAGUAGGUAUAUAGUACAAAUCCGUAGUUACUGGGCUUGACAAGACUGGUUCAGACCAAGAAAUGUGUGCAAAAUCCAGAAUUUAUGCACAUAAUAGAAAUAUAAAAUUUAACGGUAGUUAUUUGUUAUAAUUAGAGCGGAAAUAUUUGUACGUCUAUGCCUCUAUAGGUUUCGAUUACACUAUUUUCAGGCAUACUACCUACACUCUACAUUGUAUUAUUAUAGACUCGCAUAUAUGUAUGUAACUAUAUAUCAUGUAGGCAGCCAGGCAGGUAUGCAACAUAAAUUUACAGUAUUAUUCGAUUAUAGGACGGCCACGGUUAAUAAUAAAAGGAAUUUUUGUUUAGUUGUAUUCUAUUAUUAGUUGAAAAUUAGAUUUUUUAAAAUUACAGUAUCCAUAUAACGAUAAAUGCACAUAAUUAUAUGAAUAUGUAUAAUAUAGGUACACAUUUAGUUCAUUUUCAAGGGAUUGUAAUUAAGAGUUAAAAUUAUUGAUGACAAUAAUAUAACCCCAAUUUUUUUAGUCUCUACCGUAAUAUGAUUAGUACUAUUAUAGUUAAUGAAUUACUGUACCUAUUUAUAUUUCUUCAAUUUUAAGAUCUAGAUAACCUAAUUAAGACAUUUUAAAACCACCCUAUUUGUAAAGUAUAGUACAUGCUAUCUUGAAUAUCCUACUAUAUUCCUAAUAUAGUAUUGAUACUGGUUUUAUUUUUGUUAUACCUAUAAUAUAAUAUGUUUUAUAGUUUUUUUAUUUAUAAUCAACAAAAUAUAUUCGGUAUACCUUUUAAUAUUAGUAAUUAAACUAAGAAAUACAUACACAAUCAUUGAAAUAUGUAAUAGUAACUUAAGAUAUUACUCAAGGAUGUUAUUUCGAUUUACAAUACAAAUUUGUUCGUCCCUAUAAUGCAGGGUAGACCAUUAAUUUUGAAAUAAAUAAUCAAUUCCAACUUGACUUUCAGGUUUUAUUUUGGAACAUAAAUGUAUUUCAAAUAACGUAUAGUCAACUAAUUUGUAUCUAGUAAACUAGAAAUAACUCAUAGGUACCAUUCAGUCCCAUGGACAUCGUAAAUAUAUUUUUUGAAUAUAUACGAAACUUGUAACUAAAGUCAAAUUACGUUUAUGAGAUGUACUAGGGAUUGCUAAUGCCCAGUUGAGCGACAUAAAAAUAAGCAAUCUAUAGGUAUAGUUACAUUAUACCAUCUUAGAGAUUGAAAAUUAAAAACAAUCUAUAAGCAGUUAUGAUAAAUAAUGUUUCCAAGAUUACAUUAUAUCACAUUUGUAAUAUAUCACACUAUAACUAAUAUAUAAUAUUUAUUUUUAACAUCCCAAAUCCUCUCGGCAGUACAAGUAGGUUUCAGAAAUGGGAGAUCUUGUUUUGAUCAAGUUAUGUCCCUCACAGUUUUUAUUGAAGCAGGAUUCCAAAAAGUGCCUCAAAACCAGUGUUGUAUUUAUUGAUCUAUCAUCUGAAUAUAACACAGUUUGGAAAGAAACACUGAUGCUAAGACUAUCCAAAGUAGUACUUUUUGCUAAGUUUAUUAAUUUGGUAAGCAAUUUGAUAACAAAUUGAAGAUUUAAUAACAAAGAGACAAGCAACGGAUUACUUUUAGGAUCGAUACUUACUCACUCCUUUACUUUUCAACCUAUAUGUACAUAAUUUAAUAGCAAUAACCUGCAGAAUAUUCCAAUAUGCUGACGAUAUAGCUCUGGUCACCAAGAAUACUAAAAUCGCAAAGUGUGAAAGUAUUUUAAAUGAGGCUCAAAAAAACUUUCAGAUUUACUUAUUAAAAUGGAGGCUCAAACAUAAUAUUUUAAAAACUAUUUCUUCUUUCUUUCAUUUAAAUAACAGAGAAGCUAACGUUGAAAAGAAAAUUAUAUCUGAAGAUCAUAGUAUUAAAUACGAAUCUACAUCUAAAUACCAUGAAGUAACCUUAGAUAGAACAUUGACGUAUUGGAGGCAUCUCGAAAACACAGCAAACAAAAUUAGAAAUAGAAUAACAUAAUCGCCAAGUUGGCAGAUACCAAGUGGGGAGAAAAUACAUAGACUUUGCAAACCUUUGCUUUGGUUUUGGUAUAUUCAGUAGCAGAGUAUUGUGCACCUAUUUAGCUAAAUAGCAAAAUAGUUCAACUCCCUUCUGUAAAUGAGACGAAAAUCGAGGAACCCGGCAUGGAAUUGCAAAUAUUUAUAUAAACGAGUCCCAAGUAUUAAAUAAAUGGAUUAAUAAAUGGACGGAAGAGUUAGCUAAAAAUAACCGUUUAAUUUGGGUCCCUAACAACCGCCUGCCUGGUUUCAAUCUUCCCAGAAAACAAUGAGUACUCCUGAACAGAUUUCGAUAUAGUUAGGGACGAUGCGCGUACUUUAUGAGUAAAUGGAGAUUAGGAUUUCAAGUAGUUGUGAAUGUAGAAAUACAAACCAAACGAUGAUCCAUAUCGUAGAAGAAUGCCCCUUAUUUUCAUUCAUAGAAGAUGGAGCUACAGAAUGGUGGGUUAAGUUACCACUAAACUUAGAAUUCUACAUAAUAUUAAAAAGAAAUCACCGUAAUUAAUUUAUUAUUUAUUAUUACCUAUUAUCAAGGUUUUCAUUAUUAUUGUUUUUUUUUUUGUUAUUAUUUAUGACUAGUACUUUAUUCUAUCUGUUUUGUUUACAUAAUAUACUUUAUUGUGUGAUAAAUUUAUAAAUCUGUUGCAUGUCACAUACGCUAAAUAAAAUUAUUUCAUUCAAUGUUUAGUUUUUUGUCUAGUUUAGGGAUUUAGAAAAUAAUAAUUAUUUUAUAAAUAAAAACAUUAAUUUUAUUAAAAUAUUGGUACCAAAUUAUUAUUUAUUAUUACGUAACAAUUCAUUAAAUUGUUCCAAAAAUUACUUUGUUAUAAUUUUUUUUUUAGAAUUUUCUGAAGAAAAGAUGGGUAAGUUAUUUAGUAUUUUGAAAUUAAAUGUUAACAUUAAAUUGAAAUUAUUAUGUACUCAUGAUCAUCCAUUAGGGAAUAAUGAGGGACAUGCCACUUUUGUAAAUUAAUAAAAUAUGCUUUCUAAUUUCUUUUCAGUUUUGGUGAUUUAAGGUUCUAUAAUUCAGAUACGCUGGUCUCCUUACAUCAUACUUUAAAUUUGUGUGAACCACGGACUGCUAAAUCAGUUAAAUAAUAACUUCUAUUGUUAACAAUUAUAAAGUGUUUACUUAUUAACUGCAAAUCUUUAUUUUACCAAUAUCCACUUGACUCCGUGAAUAUAUAUAUUUUUGAGUCGUGCUAUCUAGACCCGCUAACUACAAUAUUUUCGAAAAAGUGACCCUCAUACUUUCGUAGUUAUUUUUUAAACUAUCUGGAACUUACUCGUGUCAACCAGAAUAAGGAUUCAUGUAUAUAUUUUAAUAUGGCUCUCUCUUUUAAUACUUAUUGUGUACAAGUCCAUAUUAGGUUUUAUAACCUACAAAGACUUCAAAAAUUGAAUUGUGUUGAAGGCAUUAUACUGCGAAUAUAUGCAUUUAAUUCUUGAUUAUACUAUAGAGUUAUUUCUAUAGUUUUGUCACCAAGUACGGUAGGUUUAAUAUAAAAUUGGUUUUUGAGAACAGUAUCGUUUAGAUGUAAUGCCAUACGACAACCUUACUUGUCUUACCAGCUAUUAUUGACUUUUUUAAACAUCGAGUCAUUUGAAACAAGACGAAUAAGGUUAGAUCUCUGCUUCUUCUAUAAAUUAUUUAAUGCAAAUAUUUACUGUCCUGGUUUACUAUUCAAAUUAAAUUUCUCUAUAUCUAGUCGAAUCUUGAUAUUUUCCUAUGUGUAGGUACCUAACUAUUAAUAAAUGUUCAAUACAUAUUUAAAUUCUUACUUUCUUAAACUACUAUUAAUACAUUUAUUUUGUAAUUAUAAAUUUAUUAUUCUAUAACUCAUAUAAGUUGCUCUGUUCUUGAACUUUAAAUAUACUAUAAAUAUAUAAUUUUUUAGAAAGCCAAAAAAAAAUUUGAAUUUUUUUGAUAUUUGGUAUUUAACUUUUAACUAUUUGCUUUAAUUUAUUUCAGAUACAAAACAGUAUAAAGUGGAUUACUCACAAGUUAAUAUAGGUACAAUGCACAUAUUUGUAACCACAUAGGUAUUCAGGGGCAACUCCAGACCUGACUAUGGUGAAGGGGUAUGCGAAAUAAUUAAGUUUAAUAUUAAUGAUUGAUAAGAAAAAAAAAGGAUAUACUUCGCAUGAUGGGUGGACCACUGUUAUAAAUGAGAAGUUGGGAAGGUAUAGGAUAUUGAGGGAUAUUUAAUGUAUUUUGCAUCAGAAGAUGGUGGAAUUAGAGUACCUUGAAAAUAGACAAGUGGAGGAUCAGUUCUUUUUAAAUGGUACAUAAACAGGUUUAUCUGGAUUUAUUUUUAUUGGCCAUUUAGUUGCCCAGUUGGCAAUGGAAUCUAAGUGGAUUUGUAGAAGGUUGGAUGUUUCGUUAGGGUCAUUACUAGCAAAAAGUAUUGCGGUGUCAUCUGCGUAAGUGGCCAUUUUGGCGAUUGCUUUAACAGGUAUGUCAGCCAUAUAAAUAUUAAAUAAGUUAGGAGAGACGUCGCUACCUUGGUUUCACCAGCUUCAGUAUGGGCUUCCAUAUCGGAUUAAAUAGGAGCGGUUUUCGAGAUAUGAGCGAAUAAUUAGAUAAUAUGGUGCAGGUAAAAAAAGUUUUAUUUUAUACAGGCCUUCAUGCCACACUCGAUCGAAUGCCUGUGUAACAUCCAGGAAAACACCUGAACAAAAUUGUUUCAUUUCGAAGGAAAUUGAUAUUUCGUCUGUCAAUCUAUGAAUUUGGUGUAUAGUGGAAUGUUUCGCUCUAAAACCGAAUUGAGAGUUUGGGAUAAUUUUGUUAGUUUGCAUUAUAGGUCUAAUUCUUUUAAGUAUUAUUUUUUUGAAUAGUUUAGCUAGAGUUGGGAGUAAACUUAUCGGUUAAUAUGAGGUGGCUAAAGUCUUUGGUUUAUUUGGUUUCGGUAUAAAUAUAACAGUUAAUAAUUUUCAUAUUAGUGGGAAGUAUACAAAUCUUAGAAUAGCGUUGAAGAUGAAAGUAAUUUGUAAAAUGGGUUUUUGAGGACGAUUUUUGAGGACUUUAUGGGUAAUUAGAUCGUAACCUGGUGAUUUACCAUCUUUUAAUUUUUUAAUUAAAAAUACAAUUUCAUUUGGUGAUGUAUGUUUUUCCAACUUCAGAACUAUAAAUAUUAAAUAUAUGAUUUCUUAAAUAGCCAAAAAUAAUUUGAUUUUUUUUGAUAUUUGGUAUUUAACUUUUAACUAUUUACUUUAAUUUAUUUCAGAUGCAGUAGAGGAUAAAGAGGAUUACUCAAAAUUUAAUAGAGGUACAAUGCACAUAUUUGUAACCACAUAGGUAUUCAGGGGUAACUCCAGACUUUGACUACGGAGAAAGGGUAUGGGAAAUAAUUAAAUUUAAUAUUAAUGAAAUGCCAGCUGAUGAUGAUAAUGAUGAUAAGAAAAAAAACGGAUAUACUUCGCAUGAUGGGUGGAUUACUAUUUUAGAUGAGAAGUUUGGAAGGUAUAGGAUAUUGAGGGAUAUUUAAUGUACAACUCUACCUAAGCAAAUUUAAGUAUUAGCAACAAAAAACGAUUCUGAGCGGAGCUCGAUUAAUAACAUUGCUCAGGGGCGUCUUAGGGUCAAUUUCAUGGGGAGGGGGGAUGAACAAUUUUCACUCUUAAAUACCAAUGCUUUGAUCAACAAAAACUUUAAACCUUUAUGUCUGAGGUCAUUUCAAAUUAUAUUAGCUUAGAAAACUGUAGAUAUAUUGUACAAAUGCAAUAAAACAGAAUAAUUUAAAAGUUAAAUUUAUUUUUUUCACAUUAAAUAAAUAAUAAUUAAAAUAAUGAUAAUAUGAAUAACAAAAAUAAUAAGAAUUAAUAAAAGUUAGACCAAAAUACUUUUAUUUUAAACAGCGUUUUGCAAGCGGUUUAAUCAACAAUAUUUUCUAUACCUAUUAACGUUUUUAUUUCGAUGAAUACCUAUUUAAAAGUAAUUAGUCAGUUAGCCUCUGCUUAAAAUCCAUUUUGUUUUACCACAUAGUGCGACUUUUAAUAAACCUCAUGUUAAAUUCUCAAGCAUUUCUUUUUGGUUUAACAAUUUUAUCCACAGAGUACCUACCAAAUAAAAAUUACAUACAAAACUCACAAAACUAAAAUGUUUUUGAAUUGCUCAAAAAUUUUACCACGCCAAUAAUAGACAAAUAUAAGUUUAUGUGGAAGCUUCCCCCUCAGGGGCAAGCCUGUAGGUGUUUGAAACUAACAAACUUGAUGAGGAACACUUUAAUAUGUAUAUUUUAUUUAUACUUUAGCACUUGAAACAUCAGAUUAUCAGUUAUUUGUUAUUUUAAUAAUUUAAAUGUUAACUUAAUCACUAAACAUUUAAUUUGUAAUACUACUGUGUACUUUAGAUGCUGGUCCGGAAGCACAAAGUAAGUAAUUUAUCAUAGAAAAAAAUACGAAAAAAACUUUGUUAAAAUAAAUUAUUUAUUGUUUACAAAAAUAUUUGAAUCAAUAAAAAAAUAACUUUGUACAGGUGUUUUAGGACAUAUUGGAAAACUAGUUUGUGAGUUAAUUUAUUUUAGAAAAUCAUAUUUUUUUUUUUAUAAAAUUAUUUAAAUACGGUAAUAAAUACAUACAUUAAAUGUUAUCCACAAAAAUAAUUGUUUGUUCUUUGCUUUUAUAGUAAAUUUCAACUAACUUGAUUGCAAAAAAAAUGUAAUUCAGUUGUUCAUUGUAAUUCUGUAAUUAUAAUAGUACUGCCAUUCUACAAGUUUCUAUUAAUUAACUUAUUUUUUAUAUUAUUAUCAUUGAUUAUAACUACUAUAGAUUGGCCACUCGCCAGUUUUUCGAUGACGCGGCGAUUGUCGUGUACCGCUUUAAAGCGCUGCGAUCACAUAUUUAGUUCCUGCGGUUAACAUUGCAAUCGCUAGUAGUAGGUUCCCGCCUACCUACCCGCUUUAAAAAUAAACAUUGUUGAAUUUAUUUUUAACUAUUUCUAUAACAAAUUAAUAUUAUCAAUAUGGUCAUUAAAUGUUUGAUGUUUUCGCUAUAUUGAAUCAUUUUAUUACACUUUGUGCAAAUACAUAAUAUUAUAGAAUAUGGAUGGUAAAUUAGUAAGGUUAUACGUUAAUACGUUGUGUCUUGUGCAGUUGUGCUUGUUUAUUAUUUUUUUUUUUUUAUUUUUUUCUGCUAUUGCGUCGAAAACCUUAUAUUGUUUGGUGACAAAUAUAUGUACACGCACUAUACAAAUACACGAAGAAAUUUGUUAAAUAUAAUAUUCUACCAUCUCCCGUUAAAUAUAGACUUUGCAAAAAAAUGCAUAAUUAAUUCUGGCAACUAUUUACUUUAUUUGUAUUCCAAAUUUAAAACUAUAAUAAUACAUUAUGUAUUAAUGUAUUUAUGUAUUCAUUAUAUAGGAAAUAUUAAAUUGGAUACUUUCGUGAAUUUUCCUUAAAAAUUUAAAAGAAAAUUGAUCUGUUUUACUAAUUUUAAAAAAAAUUAAUUAUUCCAAUCCAGCAUUAACCAAAUCACGACUAAAACCAAAAAACUGUUCCCAAAAAUUAUUUAAGUAAUAAAUCAUUUUUAAUGCCUAUACAAUUAUAUACUCAUGAAAUGCAUUUCAUGCUUAAUUUUUAAAUACAUUUUUUUAUACUAGACAACCAACUAAUUAUUCUGUAUUACUUCCUAGUGCCUAUAAAAUGUAAAGUUUAUGAUGAGUUGAUGUAUAUUUCGAUUUGUUCAUAUUUUUUUUAUCACAAAUAAUCAAUGAUAAAUAUUUUUAUUUUUUUUAAAAAAAAGAAAACAAUAAAAGUUGUCUAAAUAUUAAUACUCAACAAAAUUGGAAAAUAAAUUUUAAAGGAAAGAGGUGGACAUAUUUUGCAACGGGUGGGCCACUAUUAUAGAUUGGAAGUUGAGGAAGUAAGAUAUAUAGAGUAGAAUUUAAUUUAUAUCCGUUCGCAACGAUUACUCACGUAAUUGUUGAAACAUUUCGAAAUUUUUUUUGCACCUAGAAACGCUAAGUACUAAAUAUUAAUAUUCUGUACAAAUGUCAGGUCAAUUGGGAAAAAUUGGGAAGAAACCUAGGAAAAACGUACAAUAAUUUCACACAAUAUAUUUGUUCAAUUUUGCUUUAAAUACUAUUGACUAUUAAUGCAAUACUAUUAACCGAGCUCUGCUCAAAAUUAUCUUUCAUCAACAAUGGUUUAUCGUUUUUUACAGUUAUAAAUUAAUUAAACUUAAUUAUCCUACCUUUCCAACUGUCCACCUACAAUAACGGUUGCACACACCCGUGUAUCGGCCGGUCUUUUUCUCUUAAAAUUAUUCAAAAUCACCGAUUUAAUGAAAAUAAAAAGGGAUUUAGCACUUCUGGACACCCAUAAUAACAUCCCAAAAUUUGAUUAAAUUCGGAAUUUUUCUAAGGUACCCCCCUCCCCCGAUUUAAGUUUUUGACUGAAUUAAGGACUAACAGACAAAAUAUAAUAUUAUAAAAUUCAUGAAAGAGUAAUAUAAUGAAUAAGAUAAGAAAUGUUAACCACACAGUAACAUGUAAAAUUAUUAUGCUUUUCUACAUUAUUAAUACGAUCAAAAAUAUCCUACCACAGUCAUAAGCAGGUAGCCGCUAGCCGAGUUUCCCUGACCGCCGUCGACCUUUAUGACAACAAAAUUAUUAUUUAUGAAUUUAUUUAAUUUUAUGUCCCAAUAAUAAUCAUAUACACCAUUGUAAAACCAGUGAGCCAGUGAGCAAUUUAUAGUAUUUAUAAUCAAUUAUCUUCGUUUUUAUAUUCUUGUUCUAGAUUUUAAUUAUAUUUCUUAAUUUUUUAACAAUUCUAAAUUUUUGAAUUUACUAAAUUUAAAAUUGAAAUGUAAAAUUAAAUUUCCAAAAUUAUUUUUAGGUCCUCGAUGUAUCACCAAAACUGACACUGUAAAUCAUCAACAAUUUCGUCACUAUGGUAAGAAUUUAAAGGGACUUCCUUUAUGAAUGAUACCCAUGCUUAAUAUAACCAUUAUAAAAUAAUAACUGACAGGUACGAAACAAUUAUUUGCGUAUUAAAUAAAUUGCCAGAUCGAAAAGCAAUUAAAACUAAUCUAGCUAUAAUAUAACUAUAUCAACUUCAGAGGACGUCUCACAAAAACGUAUUGGCAUACGAGAUCUAACCAAUAAGUAAUGAGACUAAUUCAAUAAAAUACGUAUAUUUAAAUAUUAAGAUACAUCGAUGUGAUCCCCUUCAAAUUACUUCCCUCCCACCCCUAUACACUGGUUCCAACGUUUUUUCCAGCUCUCAUAACAUUUCUGGAAGGCUUCGACUGGAAUGUCCUGAAGUACCCUCGUCACGGCGUUCUGGAUGUCAGUUAUGGACUCAAAAUGCGUUCCUUUCACGGCCAAUUUUGUUUGAGGGAACAAAAAUAAGUCGUAGGGUGACAUAUCCGGCGAAUAGGGCGCUUGUAGCAACACUGCGAUGUUCUUAGAGGUCAAAAAUCGCGACACACUGAAGGCACGAUGGCAUGGAGCAUUGUCAUGAUGAAGGUACCAUUUUUGCACACAGCUUUUUCAUGAACAAAUCAUCAGUUAAAAUUUUUCUGACGGUUUCUCGUUUCAAAUUAAGUUCAUCAGCCAACAUUCGAACGGUUAAACGCCGAUCUUGAUGCACGAGAGUGCGCACACGCUGAACAUUGUUGUCAGUUCGAGCUUCAACCGGUCUCCCACUUCGCGGUUCAUCCCCGACGCUUUCACGACCAUUUUUAAAAUUUUUAUGCCAUCGAAACACCUGAGCACGACUCAGGGCUUCAUCACCGAACACUUUCACCAAUUUAUCGUACGUUUCCAUAACGGAAUCGCCGAGUUUAACGCAAAAUUUAUAUUACGUUGUUCCAUAUUUGUGACACGCCUUACAAACACGUUGUCGAAAACAUAACACAACUGAAAAACUAAUUAUUGUACGAAAAUCGCGAGCACAUAUAUCGAUAGAGGAGGGAUGAGAGAUUAACCGAACGAAGUUUCAGAUUCGUAGUGUUACCACAAGCGUGGCAAAAAAACAGUCUCAUUACUUAUUGGUCAGACCUUGUAUAACGCUCUCGGCUAGCGUUGUUUGCCGUAUCACCGUGGCGGCAAGCGGCUGUGGCCAUGCCCACUAUCCCGCUAUCUCGACAACUUAAUGAUUUGCGGUGUUUGGGUUUCGUGUGAAGAGCGUUUUAUUAUCUCGUGUGUGGUCCUAUUGUUCACAUCCUAUCAUCAUAAAAUUAAUUAGACCGCCACCGUGUUCGUUUGCUCCGUGUGCCGGAUACACUACCGUAUACCGUUCUACGAAGCGAAUAUUCACGAAAUUAUUUCAACCUACUAUUCAUUUUUGUAUACAUAUCAAUAAAUACAUUAUAAAAUAGAUUAUAUUAUUUGUGCAAAAAAACACGUCCAUUUAGGAUAAAAAUUAAUUAAUCCAGAUUAAUUUUUGAGCCAAAGUACCUAUUAUGAAAAUUAAAGAAGACAGCAUUUCCGAUAGCACUACAGAUGCUUUUUCCAUUAUUAUCAAUACAUUUCUCAAUACAUCUUCUUGAUCUAGAAGUUAAACAUUUUCAAAUACUAACCACUAUUAAAAAAAUAAGUUUUUCGAAAAAAACAUCCAUUUAGAGCCUUUGAAAAUGUUAUCUACUAUAAUUUUCAUAAGCGGUAUGAUUGUCCUAAAAUCACAUCAGAUUGACUUAUUUUAAGUGAGCAUGUUUUACAAUACUCAAAAAUAGGCAGAGACCUCCUCAUUAUGUAAUUCAUUUUUUGAAUUUAAAACACUUAUAGUAGGUUUAAUUAUAUAUUAUCACUUUUAGAUGUUAUGCAUUUUUUAAAAUUUAAUAUGAGACAUUUUGGUAAUGUAUACGAUUUUUUACUCAUACCUAGAAAUUACUUUUAAAACGCAUUAAUAAACCGAUGUAGAUAAUCGGAUAGAGGUAGAAAAAAAUACCCAUAAAAAAACCCAAUACAUUUUAGAUUAUAAAAUAUUUUGUUAUCACUGUGUAUUUUCAGGUUAGUGAAUUAUAAUUAAAGUUACUUCAACUUGUAAGCAAAGUUACUCACAAAGAUUAAUUUUAAAGUUGGGACUUAGGCGUAGGGAGGGUACAUAACUAGGAUGGAUUGGGCCGCUGGAACACCAGGAGUUUUUCCCAUGUUUUGCUACCUGUAGUAUCUUUUUUUUUUUUUUAUAUAACAAGGUCAGAUUUAAAUAAUAAAUAAGUUUAAAUUAUCAACGUUUAAGGUUGCCGGAGCCAGUGCAUUUAUAGUACAAAAACAUGCUUUAGAGGGAAAAUAUCACGCCUUAUAAAUUUGUUGGAUUUUAAUUUUUUUUUUAUUAUUUGGGAACAUUUUGUAGCUCAGAUAGAAGCCCGAUUUUUAAAAAAGACGUCCUAGGAUAAUAGGAACAAGUGCUGCCACUGUUAUAUAUAAUUUAAUACAUACUUGCAAGUAACGAUAAACCAUUAUUUAAGAAAAAACGAUUCUAAGUGAAGUUGAUAGUGAUGCUUUAUCAACAAUAUAUUUGUCAUUUUAUAGUGUUACGGACUCUGUCCUUUACGUAUAAAGUUUGUUAAUUAUAAAUUAAGUAUUCCACGCGAAAAUAUAUGAAAUCGGUUAGGUCGUCGCAUUAAGUACACGUACGUUAAGUCCAUUAAUACGGGUGUGGUAUACCGACAAGGUUUCCAUGCAACAAAUGAUGAUUCGUGUUUAUUGUCCAAGGGAAAACGUGUCCGGGUACGGACGACGUGCCACCAGUAGACAACGGUGGGAGCGUCCACCACCACCUAGGCCCCGAUCGAGGCGACAACCAUAUAUAAGGAGACCGGAAUCAUCACCGAGAGGAACUUGAACUCAGUCAGGAGUCGAGACUACACCACCAUCGACGCACGAUAAGGAGGACCACCGUCACCUCGACACCAACCCGUCCAGUCAUUUUUUUAGCGUAUUUAUGCCUGAUAAUUACAACUAAGUUUUGACCCGGAGCUGGUGUCGCAGGUUUUUCACUUACAGAUACAACUUGUCAACCGUGUAUUGUUUUAAUUCUAAUAAAAAACCAUUUGUAGACCUAACACACGUGUACAUCAUCUCAUCAAAAGGCUGUGUCUGAACGACCCGUAACAAUAGUAAAAUAAUCAAAUAGGCUUUAUAUAUUUACUUUAAUAAUAUUUGUUUAAUUUUAUACCGAUUUUUAAAUGUUUUAUCCUAGUUUUUUACAUUUGUUCGGUAAACUCUUAAGAAAAUCAAAAAAUGACCUCUUUAAAUUACCUCCCAGGUGAAAUUUUCUUUUAGAAACAUUGCUAGCAUUAUAAAUUGGAGCAAAAUUGCUGGUAGAAAAGUUGUGCACAGGGAAAAAAGUAGCAAUAUUUUAAUAAUAUAUUUUAUUGUAUACAUUUAAUUUUUUUUAUUUUCAUUCGCAUAUAUAUUACACAUAUUUAAUAUUUUCUAAACAAAUUAUUUUUUUUAAAUUUUUUAACCAAUUAUUCAUCGUAUUUAUGUCAUCGUGCAAUUCAUUUAUUCUUUAAUUUCGAUUUUUUUUUUUUUAAUAUUUCUAAUUUUUUUAUGUGCGUAUUUCUCAUAUUUUAAAUUCUGAGUGGAGCGAAGAAGCUAAUGGUUUUACAAAGAUGUUUUUUUUUUAUAUGUUAACAACUUUUCUACCAAAAGACUUGCUCGGAUUUCUACGUAUAACUCCUUUUCUGAAAGGAAAUAGGUGUAAGGAGAUACUUUAAGGAGGUAAUUUUUCGAUUUUUUUAGGAGUUUAGUCAGCAAAUGUGAAAAACCGGGAUAAAACAUGAGAAAACCGGGAAAAACUUAGGAAAAAUGGGAAAAUCGGUAUAACAUUAAACAAAUAUUAUUAAAUAAAAUAUAUAAAGCCUAUUUAAUUAUUUUGCUAUAAAAUGACAUACAUAUAUAUAUAUAUAUAUAUUUAUUGUUGACAAAGCAUCAAUAUCAACUGAACUCCGUUCAGAAUCGUUUUUUCGUAAGCAAUGGUUUAUCGUUGCUUACAGGUAUACAUUAAAUUGUCUAGAACAGUGGCUGCAUCCGUUCCCAAUGUUCUAAGACGUCGUUUUUAGAUUUGAAUGUGUAUAUUCGGUUUUUUGUGGAUAUUUUUUCAAAAUUACUUUCUAUAACUUCUAAGCUCUAGUCAUUAUUGUUUACUGUUUUCAAUUAUUAAGAGCCCAUGAUAUAAUAUAUCCUCUAUAUCAGGGGUGGUCAAACGAAUUUUCACGGACGGUUUGUCGAUUUCCCUUUAUCAGAACUAUUUUUAUACAACUAGAAUACAAAUAAUAAUAAUUGCUGAUCGUUUAUCUUAAUGUAUCAUUAUUUUGUUGUUGAUUUAUAAAGUAAAACACAUUUAAACAACGUUUAUACUGGCAAUUGUGUUUAUAAUAUUAUAUCAAUAUUAAUAAAAGUGUAACGAAAAAAAAUAUUUAACUAUACAUUUUAGUUUUAUUAGGUAAAUUACAAUUAUACAUUUUCGUUAGGAAGUUGAUUCUCAACGUAAUAUAUUCAUAUUAUUAGUAGAUCUCUACCAAAAAAUGUUUGACCACCUCUGUAUAAUUUGUUAUUUUAAACAAAUUUAUUUUAAAUUUUCUACUGAAUACGAAUGUGUUAGAAUGUAUUACAAAUUUCCAAUAAAGCUUACUGUAGAUAAUCAAUUAAAAUUCUUUAUAAAUAUUUACAGAUUUAUUGAAUGAAGACUGUUAUCUUGCAUUACUUGUUUACAUAGAUAAACAAUUGUAUUGUGCACAAGAUGGUAAUUUUUUUUGAUUUUAAAUUUCAAGCUUAACAAAAUUAUUAUAGUUUUAAAAAUAUGUAUGACCUUUUUUGGAGACAAUUUUUUUAGUUAGUAAAAAUUCUUUAUAUUGUUCUAGACUCUCAACUGGUAACAAAUGACGAUACAUACGUUUUAUUUUUGUUCAUUUCUGGAUUACUUCUGGAUCUCCGCUCAAAAUCGUUAUAAUAAUGAUUAGACCUAGGAUUUACAUGCAACAGCAUGUUUUUUUGCUAUUUUCAGAUGGAAUUUUAAUAAGUUUUGUCCAUUUUCAUCCAAAGCUGUUUUUCUUAACGAUAAAUCAUUUUAAGGAUACUAUCCUUCUAUAUUUUUUUAAUAUCUCACAUGCAAUAGUGGCUUGGAAAUAAGUCGUGUUCUAUUUAAUAACAAACAAAGGCGUUUUCAGAUCAAUUCCAUGGUGAGGAGUGAGGGUGGUGAUAAAUGUUUGCUCUUAAAAAUUACCGUUUUGGUCAACAAAAACUUAAAACCUUUAUGUCUGAUGUUAUUUCAAUUUAUAUUAGAUUAGAAGGAAACAGUCAAAUUUAAAAGUUAAAUUUAUUUUUUCACAUUAAAUAAAUAACAAAUAAAAUAAUAAUAAUUAUUAAAAGUUAGAUUACCAAGUCCAAAAUACUUUUAUUUUAAGCGGCAUUUUGAUCAAUAUUAUUUUCUAUAUUAACGUUAUCAUUUCGAUGAAUAUUUAAAAAUAAUGAGCCAGUUAUCCUCUGCUCAAUUUUAUUUUUUUACCAUAAAAUAAGACUUUUAAUGAAUGUCAUGUUAAAUUUUCAAGCAUUUCUGUUUGGUCUAACAAUUUUAUUCACAGAGUACCUACGGAAUAAAAAUUACGUACAAAACUCGCAAAAUUAAAAUGUUUAUAAAUUGCUCAACAAUUUUACCACGUCAAGAAAAGGUCAAUAUAAGUUUUCUGUUCAAAUUUCAAGUAUCUAUGAAUAUUUUUAAUUAAAUUGGAACAAAAAAAAAAACUGAAAAUAAUAUUGAAAUAAGAUUUCUAGUAGAAAUUUUUCCUACAGUAAAAAAAAAAGUACAACAGUGUAAAUCUAAUAGGUACAUUUUUCACUACACUUAGAGUCCAAAAUUAAAAUUAAAUUAAACAUUUCCAAUUUUUAAUCUAAAAAUAUAUUAUUUAUUAUAUCUUUGCAAAUUGAUUGUUCCUACUUAGUUUUCCAUAAUUCUAUCUCAUCCUUGAAAGAAUAUUUAUUGACAUUAAUAAAUAAGAACUGUUAUAUUUUUGUUUCAAUCAAAGUAUUUCCAAGAUCCGGAAUAAUCUUUAUGAUAUUUGCAAGCAGUUGCAUUUGUACUUAUUUGUACUUACGAAUUAUGUAUCUGUUUUAUAACAAAAAAAGAACAUCAUACGGCUCAUUGGGGGGGGGGGGCAAUCGCCCCUUUCAGGAAUGCGCCUGAUAACAACUUUAAAUAAUUUAAACAAUAUUACACUUUACCUGUUUAGGUUCCUACUAUAUUGUCUAUAUUAUAUCUAUCUAAAGCACUGUAAUAUAAUAUUAUGGCUCCGUUACGUGAUCUCAUUGGUAUCAUGUUCAUUGAUUGUUGCCAUAUUGAGUUUGUAGUUUAUAAAACUAGACACCUAUCGCUACCAAAUACGAAAUCAGUCGAAAGAAAAUCAUUCGUUUUUCGAAAUUAUUUUAUUUUUUAAAUUAUUGUAAUAUUAUUUUUCGAAGUUUAACUAUUUAAAAUACAAUUGAAAAAUUGGAUGAAGUUAUAGUUAUUAAUACAUAUUAUUUCACUAAGACGUUUUGUACUCGCUUGAUAAGAUAAUAUUUUUUUAAUGGUCCUCGUGAAAAACCAGCAAGGACUAAGCUUCAGAAUAUUAUCAUAUCAUCUAAUUUUGCAGCAUUUUACAAUUUCUUAAUUUACAAAUGAGGAUAUGUAUUAGUAGUUCGUAUUAUUUAUAAAUUGAACUGAAAACAUUACUUACAUAUUAUUUUUCUAGUUACAGAAAAAAGUACAAAUAUAAAAAAUAUGUUUUUAUACUAUUUGAGGCUUCAACGAAUAUUUAAUAGUAAGUAUAAUCUAUAUAAAUUAAAGAUGAAAGAAAAAAUAUCUAUAAUGAAUUAAAUAUGUAAAAUGUGAAUCAUUCAAACAUCACCAAAUAUCAAAUCCUUCAAUAUUUAUGAUCAUUUACAUACAAACCACAAUAAUACUUACAACUUAUAUUAAUUUAAGAAAACCAUAUUUACCUAUACUAAUAACCGGAGUAAUUUCCGAUGAUUAAAUGUGCAUAAAACAUUAUAUUCAUUUUUAAUAUUAGUUAAUAAUAAAUUAAUGAAAAAUGUUAUAAAUACUGAUAACGAUAUAUUUUUGUAUUGGAUAUCGUUGUCAUAUUUAGUAUGGGCUAUUCUUAAGGGAUAAAAGCAAAUAUUUAUUUUUUUUAAUUUUGUAUAUUAUUUAAUUCAGUUUAAAACACAAAAUGCUUGAAUUUUUUUACUCUCACUUUUCCUAGUUUUUUUUUUAAAUUUUGUAUAAUUAGAAGUCUGUAGCGCAACCUUUCAAUAAAUACUACUAAUGUAGAUCGAAAUUAUACUAACAUAAAAUAUUUCUUAAAGUUAUUAUUCUUUAAAGUCUACCUUUUUUCUAUUUCAUGUUAAUCUAACUUAUCGACUUAAUGAAACUAAAAAAAAAAAAAAAAAUGGCAUGUUGCCCGUAAUAAUAAUAAUAAUAACUGAUGCUAAAUUAAUAUUAUUUUAGUUCGAUUUCGACAUUAUUUGGAUUCAAAUUUGUGGAAAUUGUAUAACGAAAUUAAAGGUAGGUUUAUUGUAUAAUGUCAUUUCUAUGUAGAUACCUAUAUGAAUGUAUAUACGUAUGAUUAGUAAAGGGAAAAUACUCAGAAUUUAAAAUUUGCAUAAAUAUUUGUGGUAUUUAGUAAUUACAUAUAAUACAUAAUACUCAAUAUUUUAGUUAUAGAUUUUAUUACGAAGUAUUUAAAUAUAUACUUUGGAUACUUUGGAAUAAACAAGUCUUAAAAAAAAUAUUUUUCACUAUUUUAAUUAAAACAACCUAUACAAGUCUAAUGAUGAUGUAUUACACGAGAUUUUACAUAGGUGGAAAACAGAGCCCAUCUAUUAUUUGAACUAAUUAAUUUUAUUAAGCGUAAAUGUGCACUUUAAUACAUUAUACCUAUAGAAAAAUAAAUUACUCAUUAAAGUACGGUUUCCUUCAAUGCGCGACAUGUCGCGGUGACCGGUCGCCGAGACCAGUCUCAUUGACGUCCAAAAAAACCGUCACAUUCCGUAUCCAGACAUCCAGUGUUAUGAACCCUUAGUCAUACCUAUAACUGUAUAGCAUAAGCGUAUACUAUAAAAACCUGCAUUAUAUUAUAUUAUAAGAUAAUAUAAUUGUAGUCUGUUGAUAACGCCUAGUAUGUAGGUGGCUCCGGGAAUAUUAUAUCGACACGUUACUUGCAAGUUAGCCGGAUAAUCAGUCGUUCUACCACUGUAAAAACUGUAAGUCAUCUCGACGACCAAUUCGACUCACAUAAACAUUUAUUAUUAACAAUAAUAAAAUUGUGACUCCAUUUCAAGGAAGAGCCAGAAGAUGACGAAUUAGUCAAUGCACGAUAUACAAAGAAAGAAAAAGUUGAUAAAACAAAAUUUCGAGAGUUUGUCCAUGUUAAUAAAAACCGAUUUGAUUUCUUGUUGUCACUUGUUAAGGUACAAAACUUCCUAUUAAAUCCUAUUAAAUAGACAGGUUUUAUUCGUGCUUCAAAAUUUGAAAUGGUGCAUUUUCGAGACGAUUGCACGGAAAACCGCCAUCAGUUUACCAAUAGUAUUAAAACAAUUCUAUCAGAUUCGUCAUCAUAUAGAUGAAGAAAUUACCAAAAUGAAAACUCCACCAUCAGCUAUGAGCGUAAUACAAAUGUUCAUACACUCGGUAACAAUUCACGCUUGUACUGCUUCCUUUCUUCUAGUCCGUCUUCUCUAAUAUCGCUUCGAAAUCGUCAUAUAUGACAAUAAGGUGCCUCUGUGUUUUCCCCCACGCUUCGAAUUUUAAUGUUGAUCCGGGUUUCGGCAUUACGGGUAAUAUCGGUUUCUGUUCGCCGAAAAUUAUUUUGUGUUGGUCGAAUGCUGCCUACACACUCUUUAUUCUCGGUCUGUUAUCGAACGACGUGAAACACCGUUUGCAAAAUACAACUCGAUCCUCAUGUGCAGUUUUUUGCGAUAGCACUAGACGGAAAAAAUUAGAGGUAUAGAUAUAAUGUGUUUUUUCUUGUUGUUUAUCAGCAACAGGUUAAAAUAGUCAGUCUUCUCGUCAUCAACAACUUUCAAUGGGAAAACGGUAUGUAUCGCUUUUUUUAUUUUUCUCUUGUUUCUUUAAUCCGCAAACAUUUAUCGACACGUUCAAAUUAUUUUUGCGAAUUUUUUUAUUUCCAUUAGUGGCUUAGGAAGAGAUAUUCCGCUAAAAUCAUAGACUUCCAUUACGUAUUUCGUUAGAAUCGCCCACUUAAAACACUCUUCGUCCAAGUUAUAAUGACGGCCUGUUUGCGAUGUCGGUAGGUAGCGGGAUAUAUGACGAACCACCAGUAUAUUCCUAAUAAUAGUCCGUUUAUAUACUGAAGGGAGAAUCCACUUCCUCGUCUUUGGUCUUUUAAUAGUUUUGCGAAAUUUUCUUCUGCUAAAUCUUCUAUCUCUCUACAUGGGAAAAUUGGCCUGGCUGCGGUCUUGAACGUUCUAUUCACGGCGGAAUUUUCUACUUGCGGUUUUUAAUAUGGUACCUCGAGGAUUAGAUUGAAUUUAAUCGGGUUUUCUUGUACAAUUGUUUUCAGUAGGUCUACAAGUGCGGGAUUGAUUGAGUGGAGAAAUUGUCUGUAGUUAUAGAUAUUAACGAGAUUUUUGGUGUAGUACCACACGAUUUUGCGGGGAAACACGAUUCGAUUUUAAUAAAUCCCGGGGUGUUUACAAGAUACAUUCUUGCUUUCUUUACUCUAGCGGCAGAAUCUUUGAGCGUACGUUUCUUACCUAUGGGAAACAGAAAAAAAAAACCUAAAUUAAAAUUAGUUCCUUCGCUAUUUUCUGUGGUAGGGUAUAAUAAAAGAAAACUUAACUUCAUUAACGCAAAUAUUCAUAUCGAAUUCUAUAAACAGCUCAUAAUUUUCCUAGUUAGUAGUCCAUGGGACAGUCGAACGUUUAUUCGAUAACCUGCAGGAUAAUAGACGGUGGGGCGACUUUUCCAUCGUUAUGAAUAAUUUUAACGUGCUCGGCACGAUUAUCCUUACGCGUAAAAAUGUUUGAACAUAGAGUGCAUUCCAUUUAAUACCAUCAUGCGAUUUAGCGUUUCAAUAUAGUUUUCUAAUAAUGUACGUUUUGUUUAUAUGUGACCGGUGGCCGCAACAUGUCGCAUCUUUAGGCAUCAUUUAUCGCCAAAACAAAUAUCACUGAUAAAUAUAAUAAUAAAACCAUGCGUGACUAAUAAAUUGUCAGAACCGGUUUAUAUAAAAAAAAAUACCCGUUUUUUUAAUAAGUUAUUCAUACCGUGAGUAAUACCAGUGAUAGGGAGUAGUGUGCUAUUUGUAGCGACGCUAAACUGUAGCUCAUUACCUUUUUUUAUAGCGUGCCCUACGGCUUUAUUGUAAAUUGCGAAAAACACAGUAACACUGCAUUUUUCAAUGGAAAAUCAGGAAAACAGCGCAAAUUUCGCUACUUUAGGCAUUAAAACUGUUAAUUAAUGAAAUAUUAAAUAAUUUUUAGUUAUAUUAUUUCUCUUUUAGUCUAUUAUAAACUAAAAUAUAUAGUUUUCUUUCUUUAGUCAUCUUUUGAAAUAUAAUUUGCACUCACGUGGGCCAACACUUCGACAAAAUUGUUUUCCCUAAAACUUAAAUAAAUAAUAAACAAUCAUUAUAUUAUGUAUAUUAGUAAUACUAUUAUAUUGUUUUAAAAAAUGUAAAUUAGAUUGGAUCCAAAAUGGUACUGACGAAAAUGAAUUAAAAUUUCGCAAUACGACAAGAAAAUUAAUCGAAAUUGGUAUGAACAAAGGAAUUUGGUAUACCACGAGAGGUAGAUUUUAUUUAUAUUUAUUAUUUCUCAAAUAUUAUACCAGAUGAUUCUUUUAUUGUAAAACACUUAUGAUCUCGAAAGGAUUAACUUUUUUCGGAAUCUGUUUUAUAGAAAAUUUAAGAACAAGCAGCUCUACAAUUUUACAUUUACAUUAUUUUUGGUCACUCAAUUUUUGGGGGUGAAACGACUAUACCUAUACUACUUUUAAUUUUAAAAUUUCAACCUAUAUCAUAAAUAUAUGGAGUAUUAGUUUAAAAAAAAAUUUGGUAUUAACGAGAUAUUUCACUUUUAAGUAUAGGUCAGGGAACAGUAGUCGAGCAUCAUUUGUUUGGCAGCACGGCUCGCGGCGUUUUAAUAAUGCCCACUACUCUCCUCCGACCCAUAUUAUAAGUGGAAUAUCUCGUCAAUAGAAUGACGAAAAUCAAAAAUUUCAACACCAAAAUUUAUUUUAACUAAUACCUCAUUUUUUUAAGGCAUUUUAAAUAUAGGUCGCCUUUGAAAAUCAAAAGUAUAUAGUCGUUUCGCCCCUGAAACUAAGGGGUGAAAAAGAUAAUAAUGUAACAUUUGAAAACUAUUUGUUUCUUAAAUUUCAAAAAUAGUCAACACUUUUCGAAAAAAUGAGUGUUUAACAAUAAAAGAAUCACUCGGUAUUUGAAACUUUAUUUUUUAAAUUGUAUGUACCCUUAUCUCAUAAAUUAUUUCACUUUUUUCUAUAUUAUAAGCUAACUGUUCCGUACGGCAUAAUUUGUGCUCAAUUAUGAACGGAAAAAAAAAUGAAAAAUAUGUCCUCUAUAUUUCCUCGUUUUUAGCUCUGUCCCCAUCAGUUAACUGUUGUUGCCUUGUAUUUUUUUUUUUAGGUAUUCCUUAUUCCAUGACAAUCAAAUUAAAUUAUUGUAAUAACAUCUUUUUCAUUCGCGUAGUAAAGGUUUAAAUAAUUUAUUCUAAAAUACCAAAAACUCUGUGUCAGUCAUCCUUUAGGGAUUGAAUCUCACAAAUCUGGCUCCGAGGUGUACACGGACCUGCUAGUCUGUGUAUCCAUUUCUGUACAUACAGUUUCAGUUCUCUGCGUGUACUAUAGACUCGACUGUAAAUGGCAAACAAUAAUUAUUUCCAUAGGUAUAUUUAUUAAGCCUAGAAAAUAUGUUGGAUACGACAUUUGACUAUAAUAGGUCUAUAAUUAAUGUUAUUGUUAUUUAUUGCUUUUUAUUAAUUCAAUUAGUUUUUUGAAGAUUUGGGAAUAUGUCCGACGCGUUAUAAAAAAUAUAAUCGAAUUAUUUUUUAAAGUGGUACCCAAGUACCGCAUUGCUCUCUUAACUGUACAUAAGGCCACUCCAAUAAUCACCAAAACCCGGGACUGUUAUACCAUUCAUGUCCAGCGGAAAUAGUGUUAAAAGUCAGGUACCGACCACCGAGUAGUUCAGUGGUAGAAUAAUCGUCCGGCAAGACUCAAGUUCCAUUCCCGGUCUAGCUGCCUAAUUUUUAGCACUAAGUUCCGAAUGAGAAUAACAGUACCAUUGUAUUAUGUACUUUCUGUACGUGUCGGAUCUAAAUAGUACGCCUAUACACAUCAAGAAAAAUUGACAACAAAUUCUCAUUUUUCAUAAUUUAAUAAACUUUUAUAAUAUCUUGUAUAUUUAAAUGUUAACUUAUUUUUUAUAUGUUUCAUUAAAAUUGAUAUGAAUUUAUAAGUUUUAAUGAUCUAAUUUAAUUAAAUUUUAGAUAGACAUUUCUUGUUAUUGAAUUAAAGUAUAGUGCACGAUUUAUAAUAUUUUUCAGCACAUGAGAUUUUUUCCGAAUAUAGAUCACAAAAUCAACAUUCGUUAACGAUUAUGGCCUACACAUUUUGUGAAAAAAACCUAAACGCAAGUAAGAUAGAAAUUAAUUUUGAAAAAUUACGUUUCUUCAUAAAACAAAUAUAUUUGUUAACAUAGUUUAUGUUUAGUUUCAAGUAAAUCGUCAAAUUACGAAAAGAUGCUAUCGAAUGUAAAUAGUACGGAUUUUACGGUUAAUCAAUGGAUGUCUGGUAAAACCAUGUCAGGUGAAUGGCCGGCGAUAUCAAGACAAUUUGGAACGCUCUUACUUCUAUUGCCGAAUGGUAAAAAUUUUGAGAUUUUAAAAACACAAAAUUAACUAUUAUGUAACAAUAAAUAUUACAAAAACUUACUUUUUUAUGGUUGACUUGAAUCACCUUAUUUUUAUAGAUAAAAUAAUUACAUUAAUUUACCAAAUGAUUGUUCACAUGUAUUGUAACACUCAAUAUUUAAAAGCACACUAUUAAAUCUUCUUUAUUAAAUAUUAAUGACCAAUUUCAUCGAAUAGAUAGUUUUACUGGAAUUAAAAAUUCGUCAGAAUAUUGCUAUAAAUAUAAUAUACAAAUUUUAUUUAAACAUUUGUAAAAAUAUAUAGCUAAUAAUGCAAUUCAAAAAUUCAUGAAAAUUUAAAAAAACUAAUUAAUUGUAAAUUCAAAUGUAUUCUUUACAUUUUAGAUUCUGAGUGGAGCGAAGAAGCUUAUAGUUUCAUAAAGAUGUUUAUUUUUUAAUUUAUUUUUCAGUGGACAACUUUUCUACCAGAAAUUUUGCUCCGAUUUAUAAUAAUAGCAAUUUUUCUAAAAGGAAAUUCGACUGGGUACUUUAAAGAGGUAAUUUUUGAUUUUCUUCAUAAGUUUUCGCAGGAGAAAAUGUGAAUAAUCAGAAAAAAACAUGGGAAAACUGGGAAAAACGUAGAAAUAACGGGAAAAUCGGUAAAUUAAAUAAAUAUUAUUCAAGAAAAUAUAUAAUGCCUAUUUAAUUUAUUUUAUCAUUAUAUGACAUAUAUAUUGUUGACAAAGCAUCACUAUCAACUGAACUCCACUCAGAAUCGUUUUUUCGUUAACAAUGGUUUAUCGUUACUUACAGGUAUAUAUUAAAUUAUUUAUAAUAGUGGCUGCACUCAACCCCAUUAUCCUAGGACGUCUUUUUUUAUUAUCUUUACCAUAUUUUAUGUAAUUAUUUAAAUACCUAUCAAAAUAAUGGUAAUAAUAAUAUAAUAAACAAAACAGACAAUGAACGUCAAUAGGUUCUUUUAAAAAUAACAAUGGUUUUACGUAAAUAUUUCUAUAAUAAUAUAUAUUAGGAUGUAAUCUGUAAAUAAUUUGUUUACUUUUAGAAUUUAACGAACUAUACGAAGGUCCGGAUUUAACUGAAGAUUACCAACGUUUGUAUAAUAAUUUAUUGUUUUAUCAUAUGAGCCGCCUAAAAAAUAAGAAGUAUAAGUGAAAUUUUAUUGAUUUCGAGAAAAUCAAAUUUAAAGUUAUUUGUAUUUUAUAUAAUUAUUAAAGAAUAUUAUCAUAUCAUCACUGUUUUUGUAUUCGAAUAAUAAAACAAAGUUGGACACAUGGCAGUAAAGAGACAUAAAUGUUUUAAUAGCCGUUGUGGAUGACUGUACCAAUAUAUACUUCUAAAUUCUUAUCUAUUAUGGUAUUUUCACUUCAAAAUUAUUUUAGUGCGAUCUAGAUAUCUAGAUCGCACCACAUGAAGAAUAAUUCAAGUAUAUUUCUUUACCACAAAAUAAAAUGAACAAUAAUUUGUAGUUCAGUUGUGCACUUGACUCAGAUUUUUAAAAAAUGUCACUUAUACCUCUUGUGUUCUAAGCGUAUCAUAUUACUACUACUUUAAUGAUGUGUUUGAAUAUUGUGGCUGGUAGGUUCAGUAGAGUUAGUGUCUACCUAUAAUUAUUUAUCAAAUGUUCGACAAUAAUCUAUUAUACCUACCUAUCUCAUUAUUCUGAUCAUAAUUGUGUAAAUUGGGAGUUAUUUGUCAAUAAACUAAAAAAAGGAAUCCCUAAGAAUUUUUAAGUUUGACACCACGAACGUCGUUAAAACUGAAAAAUAUUGGGAAGAAAUUCAAUUAACUCGGAGAAUUAUAAUUUAUUUUGAGCUUUACAUAAAAUUUUGUUUAUAAAAUGUAAAGAUUAGUGAAUAUUAUUACUUUUAUUUUAAAACUAUAAUCAGAUGCAAAUUGGGGGCUAGGGGGAUUUAGUCUUUCUAUCCUCCCAUAGUUAGUAAUUAUCCAGUCAAAAUUAACUGAUUUAUAAUAAUAUAAUAUAUUACCACGCUAUAUAGUUGUAAAAUGAUUUUAUGACGGCUGUAGCGUUAUAAGGCACGUUAUAAGGCAUUUUGCCACUUUUACAGCAUAGCUUUUUGUGGGGGUUCAUGCAGUCCUUUUUUUGUGUAUGAAGCUCCUUUGCGAUUCAAGUCUUGUACUCGUGAUUCUAUGUCUGAACAUAGAGUAUCUUUCGUUCUUUAUCUGUUUGGUUUCUUUUAUAUCGGUGGUUACGCGUCUUUUGAUUUCCGGUGAAGCUAUGACUACUAGGAGGUAUAACUUGUACACAGGUGAUGACCUAAGACAUCCCGUUAUGAUUCUACAAGUAUCGUUCAGUGCUACCGAUACGUGUUUGGCGUGUUUAGAUUGGCUCCACACCGGACACGCGUAUUUUCCAGUUGUGAAACAUAUGGCUAGUCCGGUUGUAUACAUAGUGUGCGGUCGUAGCAGCAUACCUGAGUUUUGUUUGGGGUAAGUUUUAAUUGAUUACUGUCAAAAUAGUUGGCCAUUAUUUCUAGUGUAUUUGCCAGGUUGUUUUCUAUAUUAUGGAAAGUUGUAUCUUGUGCUGUGAUUGCUAGAUCGUCUGUGUAUAAAAAGUUGUUCGUGUCUUUCGGAACUGGUUGGUCAUUUGUGUAUAAGUUAAAGAUCAUCAAAGCCAACACGCUUCUUUGUGGUAAGUCAUUUUUUGGGUUCUCCAUCUACUCCAUUUAUCGUUCAACUUUACCGUAAAUCGACGAUUUUAUAGUAGAGAAGCCAUUAUUUAAACGAAUUGCCAAUCCCUAGUGUAGUAAUAAACUUUUUAUAAUAAUUUAUUAUGAUUAAUCGUAUCGUGCGCUACUGUAAAGUCGACGAAAACCUCUCCGGUUAUCUUUUUGUUUUCGAAGUCAUCCUUUAUGUGCUGACACCUACUAAGCACUUGACCUGUACAUUGUACAAACCUUUCCUAGUCUAAAGCCAGUUUGCUUUGGUAUUAGUUGUUUGUCUAUUUGAGUUUAAAUGAAGUUCAUAACCAUUCUCUCAAAUAAUUUAUAUGGGUGACAACAAAUAUAUUGAUCAAUAGCUUUUUGGAUCGCUUAGAUUUUUUCCAGCUUUUGGGUAUACCUUUCCUAUGAAGACAUAUAUUUAGUAACCGUAGUAGCCAUCGUCUAGCUAGUCUACCUGGUCCGAAAUGUUUAAUUUAUUCUAUAGAAAUUUCUUCUUACCUAGCUGCUUUUCUAUACUUCAUUUUUUUCAGACUAAUGGUGAGUUCGUUCAUUUGAAAGUUCUGGUGGAUGGUAUGACAUUCAUUGUUUUUACUCGUAUGGUUUUAUUUCUCUUGAUUUUUCUUCCUGAUUUACCAUUUUUGAGUAAUUCUACGGCUAUUUGAUUUAGCAGUGACAUUUUCACAAGUUGUAUGGUCAGUUGGAUCUCCACUAAGUUGUUUACUAGACUUUCUUGCUGUUUUUUAUCAUAUUAGUAUUUUCGAUGUCCUUUGGCCCUUAUUCUGUUUUUGUCAUCACCAAGCUGCUUAAUAACAAAUCUUUAUAUUUUUCCAUUAACUUUCCAGACUUUUUACUUAAACCUGGUAUACUCGUAUGUUUCUUUCUACAGCUUCGUGAUAUGUGUUGUCUAGAUAUUUUCUUACUUUAUCCUCAAAUAUUUCGUAGUUUUCUGGUGUUGGUUCUGGGUUCUGGAUUUCUUUAUCAUGGCCUCACUGUAUUUUCCCCAGUUAGAUUUUUUGUAUUUAAAUCUCUUCUUGAAUGGCACCGUUUCAAACCUUUUAACUUCAUUUAUUUGUAUUUUUAAUGCUCUGUGCUGCGGUUUUGUAUAGGGGUGCAUACAUCCUUAAGACAUUGCCACUCUUUUCUAGCGUCUACUAUGUAUGUCACUAUGAAUGAGUUUGGAAGCUUGAGAUCGUGAAUUAAAUCAAGUGAUUCAGUUUCAGCCCAUUCUUGAAUCUUUUCACCGUUUUGAUCAGUUUCUGAGUAUACCCAGGUAGGACUAUAACUAUUGAAAUCUCCAGCUACUAUGUUUAUAAGGCUAUUUUCAAAAUUGGACGGUUUUUAAAAAGUAAAAUCAGCAUUUGGUGGCUUGAAUAUUAAUGUAACUGUACAUCUUUUUGUUAGGAUUUAAAUAAUAUUUAUGUGGCUGAAUGCUGUGCUAUCUACGACUAGGCCUGGUCUAGCGAAACUUUAUUUUAUAACGAAAUAUUUUGUUCUCUUUCUAGAUAAUUAUUUACUUAAUCGUGUAAUGCGACCUGCUUUAAUAGAUAUAUAUCAAGGAAUUAUGCAUAUAUUGAAUAAUAUCUAUAGUAAGUAUAUACAAUUAUCUAUUCCUUGUUGAGAUCAUUAUGUAUAAUUAAAUACGUAACGCAAUAAUAAUAAACAAUUUAUUGCCAAUAUUAAAUUGUUAAGUUGAAGUAUGCUAAAAAAUUAUUAAUACCCAAGUAUACAUUCAAUCUGUUAGUACUUUAUUUGAAACAUUUGUCUAUGUUCUCAGCAGUUUUCUUUAAAAACUAAAAAAAACUGACAACAAAUAAUAGUUCGUUAAUAAAUGGAUUAUCUAAAUAAAAAAACACGGUUAUAAUACUUAUAACUAGGGUGUGGAUUAUAACAUAAAUUGCAUUUUUUCCUAAAUAUCCUAAAGUAAUGCUUUCCAAGAACAAAAUCCUUUCCAAUAAUUAUAUCAAUAUAAUGUAUGAUGUAUGUAUAUAUCAUAUAUUUCACCUUGUAUUUAAUUGAAGAUGAUGCAAACAUUUUUUUUUAAAAUAGGAAAUCAAGAAGAUACUAUUGUAUCGCGAAAUUUUAUUUAUAAACUAGUUGAUUGGUGUAAAAUGGUUGAAUUUUCUUUAAACUUUAAUAAAUGCAAGGUAAAAACAUUUUCUAGAACCCAUAAAAAAAAUAAAUUUCAAAUACUCAAUUCAUAAUGAAUGUUUGCCUGGAAUAAAACAAAUAGUAGAUUUAGGAUUUACAUUUGUGCCUACUCUUUCUUUUAGUACUCACGUUAAGCUCAUUACUUGCAAAGCACUACGUAUUUCGGGUUGUAUUUGUCGUAAUGCGUCGGACUUUGAUCAAGUCAAUUGCCUUCAAUCAAAACGUUAUAUACUUCAUUAGUAUGGUCGAUUAUUUUAGAAUACGGAUCUAUUUUAUGGCCUCCUCAUACUCAAAAGACAUUCAAAAAAUUAAAAGGAUUCAUAAACUUUCAUUAACUGGUAUGUUUCAAAAAUUGCUCACUCUCCCGAUAAUUACACAUUGGUAUCGGAUUUUCUUAAUUUAUCUAACCUGGAAUUCAGAAGGAAAAUGUUAGACAUAAUAUUGAUAAAUAAUUAGUUCUUGGUGCGAUUGAUGGUAGUUGUAUACUCAAUAAAGUAUGUUUUCAUAUACUUAGGAUUAAGUCCCUUAUAAACCGAUUUUCGAAAUAGUUGCACUCGUAAAACAAAGUAUUUAUAUAAUGACCUUUUCCAAAGAAACAUGCGUAAAAUUAACUCGGACCUUAGUCUUCUAGAUUUUUAGUUCUAGUUGUAGUGUAUGAUAAAUCUUAGACCAAACCACACAAUCUUUUUUGUUUAAUUUGUUACUUUGUAUAUUUUUACUAUCUACCUAUUAAUUUAUUUGCCUUUAUUAAUUUAUGGUAUUCUAUUAUAAUUAUUGUUACUAUUUAAUUUUAUUUAAUUGUUAUUUUUAAUAUUUACUAAAACUUCUGCAUUUUUCUUAUAAAUUAAUUUAUAGUAAUCAAGCGUAGUAAUAAAAUAAAAUAUCAAAAAAUGAAAAUGUGAAACUUUUAUUUUGCAUACUGUGAACUUUUUUUAACAUUUUAAGUGCAUUUUUAGGUUUUUAAGGCAUUUAUUCUUUACUACUUCACUGUGUUAUCAGAAAAUUUGAUACAAUUUAUUUUAAUUUCCUCUUAAAAGAAAAAAAAAUUCAUAUUUCUAUUUUUAAAAUGUAUUAUGGAUUUACCGACUUCACUAGACAAAUACAAUGCCGGCUGGCGUAUUAGAAAACCCAGGACACCGCAGGGUGGCUUCUAUAGGAUAUUGCGUUUUCAUUAGUUCGUUUUCUUUGUUGUUUUCAUUUCACUUAAUUUUCGUUUGGGCUUUAUUAUACUGCUGAAUUUUAACAAGGUGCACCUAAAUCGCAUAUUUGUUUUUACCUUAUUCUCUAUACGACAUGAUUAUUUGCACAUCAAAUUGGAGUUUUUUUUUUGUUUAAAACAGUCCAAGUGAACACAGCGAAUUACCCAUGUAAAAUAGCAUCAAAUUACUAGGGUAACGAAAACCAUGCGAAAUUAAAAAUGGAGCAAUGAGAAUAUACUAUAAUAUAUAAAAGCCAUUCUGUGUCAUCUUGGGUUUCUGAAUACGCUGCCGGCUGCAAUAAAGAAAACGAAGUCAUAAUGUAGUCAUAUUGCACUGUUGUGUUUAAUAUUGCGUAUAUUCUCGUUUGUAACUGAUUCCUGGGCGAUAAGAGAGGAAAAAGAAUAUUUAUUAAUCAUUAAAAAUAUAUAUACGUAAUAAAAAAAAUAUAAAUAUAUACAUACUUAUAAUGUAAUCAUUUUUAGGGUAUUUUUCAACCUUUAUUUUAUAAGUGUAUUAAAUUGGGUUUUAUUAAGGAAUUUUUCUGGUUUUUUUAUAGCAUUUAAAUCCGCACCCUACUUAUAACCUUUUACCACUUUACCAAAGUUUCACAAAACCAUUUUUCAUUGCCUAAUUAUUUAUCAUUUCUGUCAAUAUAUUAUGAAUAUAUAAUACAUAUAUUUAUAUAUUUUAUGAUAUAGGAAAAUUAUCCCUGAAAUAUUUAUUUUUUUUGAAAAAAUGACUUGUUUAAAACUUUUUGUAAACAUAAUAUAUACUAAAAUGUUACAUUGUCCGUAUAUUUUUAUCCUUCUUUUUGGGAUAGAAACUACUGUCUUAUUUUAAUUUUAAAAUGUUAGCCUACAUUGGAAAAUAAAUGAAUAGAUAUAGUAUUCGUUUAGUUGCAUUUUAGUGGUAAAAUAUUCCACUUUUAAGUUUGGGUAGGAGGAGAGUAGUUGAUUACCAGUUAAUUGGCGGUACAGUACAUGGCAUUUGAAUAGUAUCUGCUUUACUACUCUCCCCCUAAAAUUUUUAAUUUUGAACGACUCUUUAUAACGUACAUUUUACAUAAAAAAAAAUUGUUAUUUGUUAUAAAUGUUUUCUAACUUAUAUUUGUUAUGAUUUUAAUAUUGUUUUAACUUUAUAAUUACCAAACAACUAUAAGUGUUCAGAAUAAAUCAUAUUAAUUGAAAUAUAGUUUCAACGUGUGACUUUGCAGAACCGUAUGAUUUUCCAACAGAAACAAGAACUAAUGUUGAGCUUUUGGUAUUGCUAAAUCAUUUAUAUCAUAAAGUAAUUAAUGUCACUGAGAACAUGCAUUAUUUGUUUAUGAUAAAAAGUAAGAUAAUUACUUUAGUAUUAAGAAUGACUAGUUUCAAAUAGAUGCCAAUGAUGUAUUUUAGAGUUUUCAAAGGGGGUGGUCGACAUUAAUAAUACUACGUUCAAAAACCCAUACAUCUAACCACCUAAUCAUUCCAUUUUUAAAUGCUUAACACGAGAAAUAUUUAGUAAUAAUCAUUAUACAUGAUAUUCAUAAACAUGAUAUAUACAAAAGUGAAUUUAGUAGUCACUAAUACACAUAAUAUAUUGGUACGAACAGUGUUUAAAAUAGUGAUUCUUAAUCUUUUCCGUUGCAGCGUCCUUUCACGUAAAAUUAUAUGCUUGUUAUUGAUCUAUUAAUAUUUUGAUUUGAUUUUUUUUUUUGCUUAUCGGUCUUUAUAUACAUGUAUUAUACUAUUGUGUUAUAUUAUAUUUUUACUAUAGAAAUCUUGGCCAAUCCUAAAUUCAGCCCUGAAUACAACUAUUCUAAUUUUACGUGUGAUAAUACGCGUCGCUGGAUACUAGUGCUUUUUUAUUUUUCGAUUAUUGUGCAUUUAAAAGCUCACCGCUCUCCCCCCAACUACUGGUUUAAAACAAAAAUUGAAAUCACUUAAUAUUUAUUGAGUUUAUAAAAUAUAAUGAUUAUAGGUAGAAUAUUAAUACACUAUACGAUAUUUUGUAAGAGUUUGCAUUUAUAACUAAAAUAACUUCAUUUUUAAUAACAUGAUCAGGUGUUAGAUUGCAAGAGAAGAGAUGUUUUUUUUUAGUUUUGAAUAUACCUACAGACCUACCAAAUACAGAGAGAUGACAUUUUUUGUAUAUUGUAUUCAGUUUAUGUCAAGGAUGUGCUUUUUGAGUGUUUAAAUUUGUAGUAUAUUCAUAACCAUUUAAUGCUCACAAUUAUUUUGGUAUUAUUAUAUUUAUAGUAUAGUUUAGUUUAGCUAUAUUAAAGAAUUUGGUAUCUAAUUUUUUUUUGUACAAAGAAUAUUUCCGUUAUAAAAAAUAAGUAAUAAUACGGGGAAAAUCGACUCUUGUCCGUUAAGGUGUUUAUGGGUGUUUUUAAUUAGGUACGCAUAAAAGCAAAACUAAGGGAACAGUAAAAAAAAUUUAAUAAUUUGAAAGUGAAAUAAAAAAAUGUCCAGCAUUAGGAAUUAACUACUACUAGGGGGAGGUUUAAUAAUACACGUAUUAUUUAACAAAUGGAGAAUUUUAAAUUGUCCACUUUUGAUAUGAAACAUUCACUGUAUUUUAUUUGAAUAUGGUAAAACUAUAUAUUUUGUUUCAGAAAAAAAUAUAGAAGAUCUUCAUCGAACUGAUGAGGAAGAUACAAUGCAACUAUUUGAAAAUUAUUCAUCAUUUAUAUUCAUGUUUAAAAAGCAAUGGGAAUCGAAAUUUCAAUUACGUAAUAUAUAUUUUGUCAUUAAAUACCUACAAUAUUUUAAAUAUAUUUUUAAAAAACGUAAAGAUAAAUAAAAUAUAUUAUGAUUAUAUUAUUUAAAUCGACGGGAUUACAAUGGAAAAGAUUUCUUAAAUCAAUUUAUAUAGUUUACCUUUACGGGAGAGAUUUAAAUAUACAAGUAAUUUAUUGUUAAUUGUAUUAGUUUUUCCCUAUCUAUAUAGAAAUAUUAUAGUUUUAAAUCAAAAAAUGUCAUUAUUGGAACUUUGAAGUUAAGUUAAAUUUUUAAGCACAAGUGCAUUGAAUUUUUGAUAAGUCAAAGAACUUUUCAUUUUUUUAUUAAAUUAUUCAUUAUAAAUUAUACAUUAUUUCAAGGAUGUAACGACGAAUUCUUACUAUUUACAAAAUCAAUCCAGCUUAACUCAGGUAAGUGCAUAUAGGUAUAUUAAAUAAAUAGUCAAAUGUUUUUAAUUUUUAAAAAUCAUAACAAAUUCAUAUUUUUGUAAUAAUCAACGUUUAACUGUAUAGUUGUAGAUCCAUCUGAAUUUUCAGUACUUAUGUUUUUUAACAUCACACUGUACUUUUACAUAGAUUAUUACAUUAUUUAGAUUCUAUGAGCACCGAAGAAUGUAUUGCGUUUAGUAUGGUGUAUUUUUUAUUUUUUAUGUCUGUAAUCGACUUUUUUUAGAAAUUUUGUACUAAUUAAAAAACUAAGGGAGCUUUUUUAUAGAAUUUCGGAUCUAUUACACUCCUAUAAUUAUAAUUUAGUAUUUAUAUAAAACACAGAAUUAAAAUUAUCUAUAUUUUUUUUAGUGUUUAAUAUAUACCUAUUAAGUAUUAACUAUGCAUAUAUAUAAUUUCCCACGAAGAUAUACCCAUUUUAAUAUCUUUGGAGAUAAUAAAGUUAAUCAAAUUCUGUUUUUUUUUAUUUUUUUUUUUAUUACACACAAGGGACAAGGACUGCAAAAAUUUGUAUAUCAAUUAAUUUUUCAUGUUGUGUAAAAAAACUAAAAAAAUAACUUUAUUUUAUUAUGUUUGAAAAAUUUGGGUAGCCAUUUUAUAAAGUUCAUAUAAUUAUUCAGAAAAUACUGGCGUAUCAAUUUUUCAUUUUUAUUAAAUUCGUAAUUUUUAAUAAUUUUUAAGUUUCGAGAAAGAAAGUGUACAUUAAAUUAAAUACUGUAAAUAAGCCAAAAAUAUGAAUGAAAAAUUAUCAAAUUUGAUUACAGUCUGCUGCACAAUUGUUGAGUACUUUUCUCUGAACUUUAAAAAAUUCUAAAAAUAACGAAUUUAAUGAAAAAAUAAAAGGUUUGUAACUUUAAAGUUUAGAGUACUUAAAGCGUAUCUUAUAAUUAUACAACAGACUGCAAUCGCAUUUAAUAAUUGGUUAUUAUUAUGAAUGAUUUACUGUAUACUUUUUUUCUCGGAACUUAAAAAAUGAUUAAAAAUCACGAAUUUAAUAAAAACAAAAAGUUGAUAAAAACACUAUAAAAUAGUUUUCUUUAAAAUUUUCAAAAAUCAUAAAACAAAAGGUUAUUUUUUCAAGUUUUUACGGAAACAUCAAAAAUCAAUUUAAAUAUAAAUAUGUAUAGAUAGUCAUUAACCCUUAAUUAAUAUAAACAAAGUAAUAUAAACAAAAAAAAAAAAAGAUUUGAUUUUCUUUAUUAUCUCCGGAGAUAUUAUAAUAGGUAUAUUUUGUAGGAUAUCCUGUAUGUAUACUUUAUAUAUACCUUUUUUUAUCGAAUUAAAUACAAAUAUGACAAUUUGUAAAGGUAUAUUGAUUACGGACAGAAGAGUCCAGCCAUCAGCGAUUAGAUGUAUGUAUUAUCAUUACUAUUACCAAUAUAAAUUAAAGUACAUGCCUAUAUAAUUCGUAAAGCUUUUAUUCCCAGCAAUGUUAUAAGAUACGUAAUGAAGUAUUUCCAAAUAAUAGCAAUUGUUUUUGUAUAUAAUGAUAACUAUUAUAAUUAUUUUGAUCUUAUUGAUUUAUCACGGGAAUAUUUGGAUACUUUUCUUCGUUAUAAAGUUUUAUAAUUAUGUUAGACAUUUGGUGAUCUACAGAAAUGAAGACUACAUAACGUUUUGUUAACCUCGGAAAAAUUAUACUGUUAUCACUUUUAAAAAGACGUCCUUGGAUAAUGGGGAUGGGUGCAACUAUUAUUAUAGAUAAUUUAAUGUAUAUAUCUGUUAGCAACGAUUAACCAUUGUUAACGCAUAAACGAUUCUGAGUGGAAUUCAGUUGAAAGUGUAGUUGCUUUGUCAACAAUAUAUAUCAUAUUAAGUUAAAAAUAAUUAUAAAUAUAUAAUUAUAAUAUAAUAUACAUAGGUAUAUAUAUAUAUAUAUUUUUUUUAAAUAUUUGUUCAAAAGUUUAUCUGUUUUCCCGUUUUUCCUACAGUUUUUCCAUUUGUUUGGAAAACUAGUGAGAAAAUCAAAUAAUGACUUUAAUAUAGACUAAAGUACUAUUUUUUUUUUUUUUUUAAAUUUACAAGUUAACUCAUUAAAAACUAUAAAAAAACCGAAAACAUACCUAGUAUGAAGAAAUUGAACUAAACGUCAAUAUUUUAAUAUUUCUCAAUGAGCUCACUAUUCCUAGUACACGAAAUUUAAAUUUUGGCUUAAAAAUUAUGUUACGAAGAUUAUUUAAUAAUUUAUUGUAAUUUUUUACUCGAAAUUCGAAAUUUGAAACCCCAUUUUAACACCCUAAAACGGUUUUUUCCGGGCGCUGGAAGAAGCCAACUAAAUCCAUCCCGCAAAGAUUAGACUUCGAAAUUUUAACUGGUACAAGAUAAUAGAACAGAAUUUAUUGUAUUUUGUCACUCGAAAUUCAAAAUUUACUACUGCAUUUUAUUCCAUAAUAUCGUCUUUAUUACAGGGUGCUUGAGGUAGUACUCACAUCGGCAACAAUACACUUAGGGACUUCCAAUGGAUGCGAGAUUAACUGAACUCUGCUCAUAAUUGUUUUUUCGUUAGCAAUGGUUUAUCGUUGCUUACAGAUACAUUACAUUAUAUUAAAUUACUUUUAACAGUGGCUACACUUAACCCCAUUAUCCUAGGAGGUCUUUUUACCUAUGUAACUGCUGGGGUGGGCAAACAGAAAUAAAAAAACUAUUUAUGGGUGUUGAAAUGGAGUUACAAAAUUUCGUAUCGGUUUUAAGUCUCUUAGUCUAUUUUUCACCUAUGUGGGUGCUGGAAUAAGCUUCCUCUAGUACGGUUUUAGGGGUUCAAUAAGUGGUAACAAAUUAAAAAUUUUGAAGAAAAAAUUAAAAAAAAUUAUUAACUAAUUCAUAACAUACAUUCAGUAUUCAGCAUUAUGUAGAUAAAUAAUUAAUUAUUUUUUAUCUUGACUAGAUAAUAAAUAAAAUUAGUUAUCUGAUGGAUUAUCUUUGAUGAAUAAUUUAAUUAUCUUACGUAAUUCAUCUACAUAAAUAAAUAUAUAUACCUAUCCGAGAAAUUCAAAAAGUUAAACUUUCAAGUUAAAACCUAGGUCUCGUUAGUAAACCAACCUUGUACAAAUAGAGAACAAAAUAAAAAACAUAAAGAAAUAAUAUUAACCAGGUCACUUAUUUAUGUUAUUUCUAAAUUCUAAUAAAAAUUGUAGAUUGUAGAAUCUAGUAUAAAUUGUAAAUUGACAAAAUAAUUGUAGAUUAAUUAAUCAAAUUAAAACAAUUUUAUCUUUUUUUUCAUCCAGAUAAAUAGUGGUUUAUCUUUUAUCUUUAUCAAAAUAAUUUAGAUUUUAACUAUCUUUUAUAUCUAUCUAUAUUAAUUGUAUUAAAUUAUCUUUUAUCUUUAUCUAGAUACACUUUUGGUUAUCUUUGUGAAACACUACACACAUUUUAAGUAAAAAUUCUAAAGUCAAGUACUGGGGUAAUUGAACUUUCUCACUGUCCUUGGCUUAAAUAUAGCUUAAUAUAGUUAAUAUGUACAUUGCAAUAAUGUAAUAAUAUGUUAUUUCAGUCCCAAAACAAAUUUUAACAUUUUUAAAACUAUUAUAAUGAUUUAAAUAUUAUUUUAGAUUCUAAACGAAUUGCAUGCUAGUUUAUUAUGAUGGUUUUUUUGUCUUUAAAGAACUUUCCUACUAGAGAUCUAGUUUCAGUCAAAACUUGAUAGAUACUACAUGUAGAAUUUAUUAUCAGGUGAUACAUUAAGAUGUUAUUUUUUAUUUUCCGUGUGGUUUUCUCCCUCCCUACCAAAAUUAAAAAGAUGAAUAUCUCGUUAAAGGGGUGGCGAAAAUCGAAAAGUUAACACCAAAAUUUAUUUAAAAUAUUUUUCCAUUUAUUCAUCGAAUUUUUAAUAUAGGUUCUCAUUUGUAUUUCAAAAGUUAACCCCGAAAAAUUCAGUAAAAUAAAAAAAAAAUAUGUGAUUUUAAAUAAAGAAACUUUUGUAUUAAACAUUUUCUCUAUUUUGAAUAUUUAGAGGAGUAAAUUGCUGUAACAUAAAAUUCUGAACACCCUUUAUAUAGCAUAUUGUAGUAAAAUAAUAACCUUGGCAUUAUAUAUAUUCUUUGAUAAUUUUGAUUAAUAUCGUACCUAUUUUCCCGUUUUAUCUACCUUUCUUCCCGGUUUUUCCUAUUUAAUAGGAAAACUCCUAGGAAAAUCCAAAAAUGACCUCUCUAAAGUACUUCCCCAGUCAGAUUUCUUGUCAAUAAAAGUCCAUAAUUUUCUUCGCUUAACUCAGAAUGUAUAAUAAUUAGACCGGUGGUCUAGUGACUAGACUACAUUACUAAUUGUUGAGAAACUAAUUUCAUGACUAUAUAAGUUAUUAAGUCAAUUUCAAAAUAUUAUAAUAUAGGUACCUACCUAAAAGUGACAUCUUGAAAUUGCGGAUUGCUUGGGAAUAGGAACUAUAACCUCCUAUGAAUAGUGAAUACCAGUGCCAGGGGGAAAGCGAAAAGAGGUGGUAUAGGAGAGAUGUACUCCCCUGGUUUUUGUUUACUGGUUAUUUUUGUAUAUUUUAUUAUUUAACAAAAUAUAGUGAAUUAAAUAAAAAUGAUAAAUUCACUCCCCUCCCCAAGAAAAUAAAAAUUGCCUACGAUACUGGCUAGUAGGCACAUACAAAUAAUGUGGACAAUUUCAGUGACCGUGAGUAUCUGAAUGUUUAAUAGUUUAUAUUUAUCUGUAUUUGAGUCUACAAGGAAGAAUUUGGGUGAGGGGACUGAUAGAUGGGGUUAGUUUCAAAAUAUUAUUCAUUAUACAGCUUGCCACCUCAGUAUUGGGGACUAUUUUAAGGAGCGGAGAAGCUAACCUCUUCUGAAUAGUGGAAACCGGUACCAGAAGGGGGAACACCUGCCUCUCCUCAUUUGUAUUUAUUGAUUGUUACGGUGUACUUUAUCAUUCAACAAAAUAUAGUUAUACUUUGUUGAAAAAACUUGUAUAAAAAUAAUAAGUCCCCCCCCAAAAAAAAAAUUAGCUACGAUAUUGUAUAAUAUAAUGACCAAAUACAAUUAUAAUACAAAUUUAAUUUAACUUACAAAUAAAACUCGCAUUAAAUCGCACAAACAUAUUUUGGGGGAAGGGGAGGACCACCACCCACAAAUCCCCUAGUUGCGUCACUGUAUUUUAUCAAUGGUAUUAAUAAUAUAAUUUUCGAAAUUAGUUAAAAAUAGUAUAGUAUAUGAUUUAUUUUAUACGGAUAUAAAUAAUAUAUAUUCUAAAAUUAUAGCUAGGUAUUAAAAUUAUAAUGAAACUAUAUGUAUGGUUUUACAAAAAUAUUAUUUUCUAAAUGAAUUAAAAAUAAUAUAGUAAGAUUUCUAUAUAUUUUAAUAAUAUUAUGAGUAAAUUAUAUUAAAAUGUUAUAAUAUGAUUUUGAAAAUAAUAUUAUUUUUUUUAUGAAUAAUAAUAAUAUAGUAAUAUUUAUUUUCCAUUACCGUAAUAAUAUUAUAAAUAUAAUGUAAAUAAAAUAAUAUCCUAUUAUUUUUGUUUUAUUAUCAUUACUAAUUUGCUAUCUAGGAUUAUAAUAGAUUAGACAUUUCAAGAGAUAUAUACUAAACAAUAUUUAAUAUUUUAAUGCACCGAUAACAAUAAUAUUUGUAUUAUGCAUAUGUGUACAGAUUAUAGUAUGGCAUUUAACGAUUCAUGGACGCAUCCUAUUCAAGAUGAAACUAACACAAAUCAUAUGAAAGUAAUGCUUUUCGAAUUUAAUAUAUGGUUAACCAUAUUACAACACAAUAAUGAAGUUUUAACAGCAGUAUUGAAAAACUACGGUACGUAAAUAUUAUAAUAAUAUUUCUAUUUAUAAAUUCCCUCCUCUAACGGUUUGAACCCUAUUAAAUUCAAUUUUCUAACACUGACAAAUUAUUAACACAAUGUGUUUUUUUUUUUUCAAUAACAUUUACAAAUUUAUUUGAAAAAUUACUUUAUGAUAAUAAUUUUUGUAGUUAAAUAAUUAUUUUUAAUAAGUUAGAAUCAUUAAAUGGAGGGGGGCUAUUGCUCUUUAAAUAUUUUUGAGCUAUCUCUUAUGACUUUUUUUUACGUGUUUAAGCUCUUUUUGUGGAUUUUAAUUGCAUAUACAUUCUAACUCUAGUAACAUUAUUUAAACUACAAAACUUUCAUUUCGAAAUAAUUUCGGCCUAAUUUCCAAUAUGUAGAUGACAGCGUGACAGGUUUAACCAUUUGCUUUUAUUUCUACCGAGUCUUACAAUUUAAUAUUGUAGAUAACCAUAAUAGAGAAUCUAUAAAGAAAUACGUUUAAUUUAAAUAUUGUUGAUGGUCACCUUUUGGAUGAAGAAGUAAAACGUUGCAAAAUAAUUGGUAUGAUAAUGGGAUAUUUGUUAUAAGACUUAUGCCCUUAAAAUUGCCCCCCCCCCCCGAUUUUUUCCGAUCAAUUCGAAAAGUAUGCUAAUAUUUUGCAAAUUAAUAGAGGCCCGUAGUUUUUAUAAAAUAAUUAUUUUGGCUUUUAUGGUUGUGGUAAAAUUUUUAACAUAUUUUAGCUUUUUUAGGUUAUUUAUAGGUAUUUGAUAUUUGUGUGAUUUUACAUGUUUUUUUUUUGGGGGGGGAGAUAUUCUUGAUUAAAAUUCUAUCACUAAACAAAAAUGCUUGAAAAUGCAACACAAAAUUCAUUAUGAAUUUAACUAAGUGUUCUAACAACAAAUUUGAAUUUAAUGCAUUAGUUAUUUUUUUUUCAUAACCAUUUUAAGAUCAAAUUUUAACGAAAAUCGUAAAAUGUAUGGCAUUUAAAAAUAUGAUUUACCAAACUUCGUUCCGAAUUGUUUUUCGCUAGGAAUAAUUUUCCGUUAUUUACAAAUAUAAAUCAAUUAACUUUAUGUAUCCUACCUUCUCAACUUCUCACCUAAAACAGUGCCGCUCCCAUCCCCAGUAUCAGCCCAUUUUUUAAAUAUUUUCUUUGUCAAAUCGUUAUAGUGUUCCCAAUACUUGUUUGAUUUUUUGAUAUAAUAUACUAUAUAAUUAUUUUAUCCAUAGAGUACCUAUGGAAUAAUAAUUACGCACAAAACUUAUGAAAUUAAAAUGCUCAUAAUUAAUUCAAAAAUGGAUAAAAUGUUAUGAAAGUUUUACCACGUCUAGAAAAAGUAAAAAUAUAAGAUUUUCUGUCAACAUUUUAAGCCUUUACGAAUGUUUUUAACUAAAUUACAUACAUUAAACAAACAAAAUUGAAAAUAACCAAAGAAUUAUUAAUUAAUAAAAAUUCAACAGAAAAGAUCUCUUGAUGUUUAACGGGGUAAAAUUUUCGCUGUGGUAUUAAUUUUGCGAUAGUGUUAAAAUGGAUAGACAUUAAUCUUUACUGCUGUUACCGCUUAGGUUUUAACGGACCUUUCGUCUACAUAUUCUCAUUUUAAAAAACAAUUAAUUUUUUUACAGAUAUUCUCAUUUAGCGUCCAGAAUUCGUCGACGUUUUGUUUUAAUGAUCGUAGCUCUUGAAGAAUUUACUCAUUUUUUUUAAUGCUGUUGUGGCUUUUGAUAUUCGGGUUUUGAUUGCUUGCAAUAUAUCCCAGCUAUAGCUAAUUAUUGUUCCUAAAUAUGUUGUAUAUUUCAUUCUUCCUAUGAUUUAGUUGUUGAUCUGUAUUCGAUUUAUAUAUUUUCUAUAUUUAUUUUACAGAUUAACAUGCAUUUUUUUUUAUAUAUAAUAUUAUAUAGUAUAAUAAUAUCAUAUACCUAAUAUAACAUGAUGUCCAUCAUUACAGAAGAACAAAAACAUUUUGAUCAACCAGUUCAUAAUGUGAUAUCCGCACGUGAAUUUAAUAAGUCACAAAUGGAAACCUUCAAAGCUGAUAGAGUAAUAUUAUUAAUGCAGUUCCAAUGCAGUACUUAAAGAAAUAAUUAAUCUGAUAUUAUUUUAGAUGUUUUGGAGCGAUAUAAAAGUACUUACACUCAACGAGAUUGUACCAGGUACCGAGUCGCGUGAAAAAGAACCGAUGAAACCCAAUAAUGACGAUAGCGUAAUAAAUUAAUAUUAAUAUUUUUCCAAAUAUUCUAGAUUUUUAAUGAAUCUCUUUUUUUUUUUUUUUUAUAAAUAAUAUUUUGCAAAAUCAUAUUCUUAAACCUAAAUAAUUAUCAUCACAAUGAUUCCUAUGUACAAAACAUCUGUUAUUAUAUGAACUCAGGUGGCGUUUUUCCAGUAACUGGUUUUUAGUUUUUUUUAUGUAUAUCUUCCUUAGUAUAUAUCUUUCUUAGCGACUUUGUCGUUCUUUGUGGCCGUUUAAUAAUUUUAUUCAUAUUUAUUUAAUACGUAUUUAAUUUUUAAUCAAUCAUGAAAUCGAUGAAUCAAAAAUUGAAACACUCAAAUCCAAUAGAGUACUUUUAUAAAUACAUUGCAACACUUAAAAAAUGAUUAAUCUGGUAUUAUUUUGUUUUAAAUUGUUUCAGUAUAUUUUGAGCAGUACAGAAGAGUCAAGUCAGUACUAGUAGAACUAUAGAAAAAAUAAAUGAUGACGAAACUAAUUAAUUAGUCUAAAAAUUUAAAUAGGAGUUUUUUUUUGUACAUAUAUAUAUAUAUAUAUAUAUAUAUAUAUAUACCUACCUAUACCUACCUUAAAGAAAUAAAAUAUAUUUUAUCUAUUACUAUGAAGUCAAUGCGAUUUGUUUUUAUUGUAGUAUUUUAAAAUUGAAAUGCUUUCAUAUUAAACAAAAAUUUAAAUAUAUUCUAUUUUAUAUAUAGUGAUUAGCCCGAAGUACAAACAUAAAUAAUAAUUCGUAUUCAUAUUUUAAAGUACUAAUAAUACUGUAAUAUCUACUAAAUAUUGAUGGUAAUGAUAAUAAUAAGUAUUGUAGUAUAUCCAGUCGGUAGUCAUCAAUAAUAAUAAUAAUACAAUAUUUUAUAAACAGGUAUGCUUUAUUAGCACAGAUUAUAAGGUCCGUGAAGUUAAUGGGAGCAUGGAAAGCACGAAUUUCCAGUAUACCACCAACCAAAAUUUAGUGCUGAAUUAGUGCUUUCAGAAUAUACAAAAACAAAAAUGAAUAUUUUAAUUUCUCAUAACUUCACACUACGGAAAGUUAGGUUAACUUUUUGCUUAAACUUUUGCUUACUUUUUUUACCACUAAAUACAAUAUGUAAUAAAUCUCGUG